AUGCAGGGCUCUGGGAUUCCGGGCGGAUCUCCCAUCGCUACGCCUCCGAUGGCCACCCCGGUCACUGGCCACAAGCGCAUGGUCAUCCCAAACCAGCCUCCCCUGACGGCCACCAAGAAAUCGGCAUCCAAGCCUGGCUCUCAGCCCAUCCCGGUGACCCCAGUCGGCACCUUGAAACCUCAGCCGGUUCCGGCGUCUUACAGCACGGCUUCCACCCCGAACCGCCCGACCUUCAAUGUGCAAGUGAAGUCGGCCCAGCCGGCCCCCCACUUCCAGCCACCAGCCCCCCAGUAUAGCAGUCUGGCCCCCAGCCAAGCGGCUCAACCCGCGUCUUCUCUGGGUCCAGGGCCCUACGUGCCGUCUCAGCCCCGGGCCGCGGAUUAUGGCUACGCGCCCCAAACCGCCCCUCACCCAGAGCCAAGCUAUGGGUACGGGAGCCCCCAGGGCCGCUACCAAGAGCCGGCCUACCCCGGAGGCUACGGAGGGAGGACUGGCUCAGAUCCAUCCUACAUGCCGCAAAAUGCCUGGAAGCCGGAGGCGACAUACCCUUCUCCCGGGUCUGCGGCCCUGAAUCCCACAGGGCAGUACCCGUCGUCUGGAGCCAAGAAAACCUAUAUCACGGAACCGGCCACCGGGCCUCAGCCCCCUCUGCUGCAGCCAAAGGUAAGAGGCAGCGUCCGACCCUGGCGAUGGGUGUGGGAAAUGGGGAAGGGCAUGGGUCUUGAUUCCCACGGGCAGGUGGAGCUGGUUAUUGCAUUUCUGUACAGUCAUACCUCAUGUUACGUCCGCUUCAUGUUACAUUCUUUCAAGUUAUUUCCCGCGGCGACCCGGAAGUACCAGAAAGGGUUACGUCCAGGUUUCGCCACUCGCGCAUGUGCAGACGCACAAAAUGACGUCACACGCAUGUGCAGAAGCAGCGAAUCGCAACCCGUGUGUGUGCAAACAUGCCGCUGAGUGUUGCGCUCUUUUCAUGUUGUGAAUGGGCCUCCAGAAUGGAUCCCGUUCGCAACCAGAGGUACCACUGUAUUUCGCUUCACACAUUCAGAGGCGCCCCAAAGCGAUUCGCAAGAAGACAGCGUGACGUGUGAAACACCUUCGGAUAAUUAGUAAUACAGCAGUUGUUAUUUAUUUAUUUGUUGACUUAUUUCGUGAAAUUUAUAGGCCGCUUGAUCUCAGAACCCUCGAAGCAGUUCACAAGGAAAGACAACACAAUCCAAUUAUCAACAGGGAGAAUUAGCGACAACAAUGCAAAAAGUUAAGAUAACAAUAGACUAAAAACAGAUUUAGGACUUUCAUCAACUGUCUAAGCAUCUAGGUAGGCUUGUCUAAACAGGAAUGGUUUCAGCAGGUUUCUGAAAAGAGUGCAGUGAAGGCACUUCCCUGAUGUCAAUAGGCAGGGAGUUCCAAAGUCUGGGAGUUGCCACACAAAAUGGCUAAGUUCUUACAAAUGUGGAACAUAUGCGGCCCCUGUAGAGGUACAAAUUCCACCGACUGAAGCGGUCAAGGGGGCAAAUGUUGGGUGAGAUGAUAUCGUAGGCAAACUGGUCCUGAGUUGCUAAGAGCUUCAUAUACUAAUAACAGCAUCUUGAUCUUGAUCUGGUAGCAAAUCACCAAGCCAUGCAGAUCUCUGAGCAGGAGCGCUAUAUGCCUGUCAGCCCUCCCUCCUCUCAGCAAAUGUGCUGCGGCAUCCUGCCCGAACUGCAGCUUCUGGUUCAAGCACAAAGGAAGCCCCACGCACAAAUCCAAACAUGCAAAUACAAAAUAUUAAAAGAAAAGUAAUCUGAAAGAGCUCCAAAUAUCCACAGUUGGAGGCAGCAGUGCUUUUCAGGACCAGGAAACCACAGGGCAGGAGUCUGCUCUUGCGUGUGAACCCUGCUUGUGGGUUUCCUGCAGGCAACUUUUUGGCCUUUUUGAGAGCAGGAUGCUGGACUAGAUGGGCCUCUGGCCUGAUCCAGCAGCUGCUCUUCUUAUGUUCCUAACCCAUGGUCCAUAUAUAAAGCGAACCCCUUCCACUUCUACACUUCUAUGAUUCUAGAAGAUUUACAAGUGGGAUAAACUUUGGAGAGCCCAUCCUAUUCUGCGCAAACAAAGCCGCCAGCAAGUCUUGCUAUAUGAUUUAGGACCAGGUGUGGCUGUGUGUUGCUUUUACCCUUGCAAACAUUGUUUUCGGAAGACGCGCUUUGCCUGCCCUUUGGCAAAUCAGGGAUUUCCAUGUCCGUCUUAAGCACUUGCAGUCACCCCCAUCUAACCAGCAGCAUUUCGGUGUGCAAAUUGGAAUUUCCAUUUCCACCUUCGCAGGCUGAAAACAUGUUGCUCCUUUGAUGCCACCGUGAAAAUGUGUUUUGUAUGUGCGGGUGAUAUGCAUAACAUCAACACUGGGAGGGGAAGGGGUUUUUUUGCAGACCAGGUGCACACACCUUGCAUGCACCGAAUCAUCACCUUGCCAUGUGUCCCGGAGUGUCAUCCUGCUCCCCUGUGCCUCUGCUGUGCUUGCUGUCCUUCACUGGAGGCUUUUAAGCAGAGGUUAGAUGACCACAUUAGGGAUUCCUUAGUGGUGAUUCCUGCGUUGUGGGGUUAGACUAGAUGGCCCUUGGGAACCCCUUCCAACUCUACAAUCCCAUGACUCUGUGCACAGGGUUGCUGGAGCUCUGCAAACAAUCCAGCCUGCAUGAACAAAAGGCCUUAGUCGGUCCAUGGGAGGUGCUAAGCAAACUUCUGGUUCCAGGUCAAAGGGUUGCAUCUAAAGUUUUGACUGUGGCUUUCCCAAUGGGGCAGCACCCCCUCAGAAUUGAUUUUGGAUUUCUCCUCCUCUUGAGGAAUGCUUAAGCAGCUCUGAUGAUGCUUAACACGGGGUUGCCUGCGCUUCAAGCAGAUAAUUCAGCUAAUUAACUCAGUGUGUUCCUGGAGCAGGCGAGGGCAGAACCUCUUCGAGAACAGCAAGACAGCAACUGAACCCCGCAGCUUUGAAGUGCAACCUUCCAGACCCUUGAUCAUCUCAGUUGCCCUCCUCUGCACACCUUCCAGCUUGACAACAUCCUUCUUAAAUUGUGGUGCCCAGAAUUGGACACAGUAUUCCAGGUGUGGUCUGACCAAAGCAGAAUAGAGUGGGACAAUUAUUUUCCUUGAUCUGGACACUAGACUUCUGUUGAUGCAGCCUAGAAUAGCAUUAGCUUUUUUUGUGGGUUGUUUGUGGGCUAGCAAUGUACUGCACAUGAAUGUGCAAGAGGCCCAGUACCUGGAUGCUCCUUUUUUAUUCCUCUUAACUUAACUUUGGGACAAGCCUUCUUUGGAUUCAUCUUUCCAGUUAGCUGAGGAAUCAGGAGUGGUCUAGUUGGAGCCACAAGCCCUAGAAGAACUCUCUGAAGAGUCAUUGUUAGUUUUCUUUGAUUCUUACAUUUUUCAUAUGGAUGCAGAUAUAAAAUCUAAUAUUUCCUGCCCUCCUUCUUGAGGCUCCAAGCAGCUGACAGACAAUGUUGUUGUUGUUGUUUAGCCGUUUAGUCAUGUCCAACUCUUCGUGACACCAUGGACCAGAGCAUGCCAGGCACUUCUGUCUUCCACUGCCUCCCGCAGUUUGGUCAAACUCAUGCUGGUAGCUUCGAGAACACUGUCCCACCAUCUCGUCCUCCAUCGUCCCCUUCUCCUUGUGCCCUCCAUCUUUCCCAACAUCAGGGUCUUUUCCAGGGAGUCUUCUCUUCUCAUGAGGUGGCCAAAGUCUUGGAGCCUCAGCUUCACGAUCUGUCCUUCCAGUGAGCACUCAGGGCUGAUUUCCUUCAGAAUGGAGAGGUUUGAUCUUCUUGCAGUCCAUGGGACUCUCAAGAGUCUCCUCCAGCACCAGAAUUCAAAAGCAUCCAUUCUUCGGCCAUCAGCCUUCUUUACGGUCCAGCUCUCACUUCCAUACAUCACUACUGGGAAAACCAUAGCUUUAACUAUACGGACCUUUGUUGGCAAGAUGUUGUCUCUGCUUUUUAAGAUGCUGACAGACAAUAGCCUGCAUCAAAACUGUUUCUGCUGCAAAUUUCUAAUAAAUCUCUUUCCUCUACAGCAAAUCGUCUUUGUUCAGCAGUUCAGCUGCCAACUUCCUUUGCCUUGGACAGAUUCAGAGAGGAGAGGGCCAUUGGUGGCUAGUAGCCACGAUGGCUAUGGUCUGCCUCCACAUUUGGAGGAAGCAAUGCUUUUGAGUCCUAGUUGCUGGUAAUGGCAGGAGGGCUCUUGUGCAAGUGAGCAGACAAACCUGUUGGCCAGCAUUCUGCCAAGAUGCUCUUGCAUUUCUGAUGCCCCCAAAGGGGCAGAGGAAAGAGGGCAUCUGGCCUUGCAGAUUCUGAUUGCUUUUUAGAGCCGACGUUACCGAAAACCAGACAUUUUCAGAAGGCAUUUCCUUGCAUAACGAAGCCGUAAUAACGGGGAGUGUUUGUCUUGUGGGCCUUAUUAGGCCCCUUCCGUUCGAUGCGCACAAGCCAUGAUUUGUUUUUCCACUUUCCUUUCGGAAGCCUUGUUACCGAGCUGUGCAAAGCGUACCUCCUCUCAUUUCCCUAGCAAUGCCAGCACCUCUCGCCGAAGCCUGCAAUUAGACGCUUUGCAGAAUAAUAGGGCUAAAAGGGGAAUGGCAGGAUCUUGUCUGCGGCCUCCAAACCGACCCCAUUUGUAUAAAAUUAUACGGGAACACAAAAGAUUAAGCGCUCGCUCCGGUGCGCGGAUGCGCCCUCUCAGACCAGCCGCUGCUCACGGUCUUUUUUUGGUAACAGAACACUUUGUACUUUGGAGAUAAUUGACUGUGGAAUAUAACAUUGUUUAUUCAAAAGCAGGUCACGCAGAAGAGAGCCUCUUGCCACGCUCCUGCCUUGCACCUUGCCUUUGAUGCCCAUGCAAAUUCAUGAGCAUGUGUGCCUCUGUACAGCCUAAUAUAUAGAGAAAUAUAUAUAUUGUUUUAAAUCACACAUGUGAUUCAAUUUCAGCCUAAGCUGGGUUUGCAGUAAGGUGGUGCCCAGUGCUUUUUUUUCUGGGGGUACGCAUACCCCUAAACAUUUUGUGAACCUUUGUACAGUACUUUGUCCAUUUACUGUAUUUAUAUCCCCGAGUUGAACUAGAAAAUGGUGGUUUUCUUGAGUCAAAAUGAGAGUAAGGUAAAGGGACCCCUGACCAUUAGGUCCAGUCAUGGCCGACUCUGGGGUUGCGGCGCUCAUCUCGCUUUAUUGGCCGAGGGAGCCGGUGUACAGCUUCCGGGUCAUGUGGCCGGCAUUACUAAGCCACUUCUGGCGAACCAGAGCAGCGCACGGAAACGCUGUUUACCUUCCCGCUGGAGCGGUACCUAUUGAUCUACUUGCACUUUGACGUGCUUUCGAACUGCUAGGUUGGCAGGAGCAGGGAACGAGCAACGGGAGCUCACCCCGUCGCGGGGAUUCGAACCGCCGACCUUCUGAUCGGCAAGUCCUAGGCUCUGUGGUUUAACCCACAGUGCCACCCGUGUCCCUCAAAAUGAGAGUACCCCUGAACAUUUUUUUAAGAAAAAAAGCACUGGCAAUGCCUCUCCCUCUGCUAAACUGCGAUGUUCAGGGUGGGAGCCUAGAAGCUGGUCUGGUCACCAUCAAAGUAAAUUUGUCUGGUUUUUAGGUUGUAUUCUAACCUGCGCAUUGUUUGAGGAAGUGGGACACAAAGUAGAACAAACACAGAAAAAGACCUAGUGGCUUCGAUGCUUUGCAACAUCAGAGUGAGACCUUGCCUGAGGCUUCACGGCAACCUGCAAGCGAGCUGCUACCUGGCGCCUGAGACUUCACCUGCCAUUGUAGUAACAUAAGAAAGGCCUGCUGGGUCAGGCCAGUGGCCCAUCUAGUCCAACAUCUUGUUCUCACAGGGGCCAAUGCAGAUCCCCACAUUGGGAAACCCCCAAGCAGCAUUCACACACACAAUCAAUUCUCCCCUCCUGUGGUGUCCAACAACUGGGAUUCAGAAGCAACUGGGAUUCAGAGCAGAGGCAUCCUGGCUCAUAGCCAUAGCUGUCAACCGUCCCUUAUUUGGGGGGAAACUCCCUUAUCCCAGUGCCGUGUCCCACUGCUGUCCCUUAUUGAUGAUGUCCCUUAAAUUUCCCGGGUUUCAAAGGAAGCAGCUCCUUUGCCAGCCAGGGAGGGGGGAGGCUCCAACUGUGUUUCUUGGCUGCCCGCCCCGCCCCCCUCCGGCCUCCUCUCACCAGCCUCGGCCCCCGGGAGCCCCUCCCCGCUGGGACUUAGGAGCCUUGAGAGGAGAGUGAGGGCAACCAUAGAGAAAGCAGUUCAGAGAGAGGAGGAGGAGGCAGGUGUUCCAAGGGCUAACCAUAGAGGGGGAAAGCAGAGGAAGGACCGCAAGCGCUUCUCCCAUAGAUUUGUAGUGGUAGACUAGCAUAGAUGGUCUGAUCUGCGGGUUUACAGUGGUGCCUCGCAAGACGAAAUUAAUCCGUUCCGCGAGUAUCUUCAUCUAGCGUUUUUUUCGUCUUGCGAAGCAACCCUAUUAGCGGAUUAGCGCUAUUAGCGGUUUAGCGGCUAUUAAAGGCUUAGCGGCUUAGCGGAUUAGCUGCUAAAAGGCUAUUAAAGGCUUAGCGGCUUAGAAAGGGGGGGGAGCGGAAAAAAAAUCUCAAGACUCGCAAGACAUUUUCGUCUUGCAAAGCAAGCCCAUAGGGAAAUUCGUCCUGCGAAGCGCAUUGAAAACGGAAAACCCCUUCGUCUAGCGGGUUUUCCGUCUUGCGAGGCAUUCGUCUUGCGGGGCACCACUGUACUUCGAGCGCUAUUUCCGGCCCCACCUGAUGGAAUUGAGAGCUGCAGAUGGAGCACGAGAGAAAAGAUACAGAACUGCAGCAGCAUCUUCAUAGCGUGGACUUCGUUUUGCGCGAAAAGUGGUUGCUGCUUGUAGUUAUUUAAUUGCAGUGUUUCAUCGGCUGGUGUCUUGAGCAGCAACCUCUGGAAACAAAGGGCUAAAAACCGGCGCUGCUCCCCCAAAUUAUCUGGUCCCUUUUAACUUCGUAUUUCAGCUGGUUGACUAAAAUCCCUUAUUUUGGCUGCUGAUCCCUUAUUUUCGAGGCUUCUGGUCCCUUAUUUUCAAAUCUGUACGUUGACAGCUAUGCUCAUAGCGGCUGAUAAGUUUUUUCCUCCUCCAUGAAUUUGUCUCAUGCUCUUCUCAAGCCUUCCAGGUUGAUGCUGGCACCACUGCCUCCUGGGGAAGUGAGUUCCACGGUUUACCGUAUUUUUCGCUCCAUAAGAUGCACUUUUUUCCUCCUAAAAAGUCAGGGGGAAUGUCUGUGCGUCUUAUGGAGUGAAUGUCUGGUCGAUCGCUGGCUCCCUUUCUGGCCCCUAGCCCAGGCCUCCAUUGUUGAAUGUUCUGCACGUGACUGGCUGAUUAGAUUAUCUGUCUGGAAACUGUAGAAACGGCUCCCGUUCCUUUCCUAAAGAAUCUGCAAAACUGUGAGUUGAACCAUAUAAAAGCAGGAUUUUUUCCCUUAGCAAAGUAAGCUCCACAACUUUGAUCUGAUCCUUUAAAAAACGGGGCUUUUCCCCUUUGCAAAAGAAGCUGCACAACUGUGAGCUGAUCCUCAAAAAAACGGGGCUUUCCCCCUUUUCUCCUGUAAAAACGAGGUGUGUCUUAUGGUCAGGUGCGCCUUAUAGAGCAAAAAAUACAGUAACUAUGCUCUACACGAAUAAUUCCUGUCUGUUGUCUGUCAUGAGUAUUCCAGCAUUCGGCAUCACUGGACGUCCACAAAUUCUAGUGUUAACGAGAAAAAACUUCUCUCUCUGCACUUUCUUCUUGCUAAUACAGUCCGUCAGGCUGGCAAGUACCGCAGAGAGGGACUUCUCUGUUUUGAACCCAUCAUUAUGGAGCUUCCUUCUUUGGGAAGUUCUUGGCAGCCUUAUUGACUGCUUUCAAAUUGCCUCUUGUUUCUAUCCACUUUUAACUGAUUAAUCUGAAGCUGGUCCAGAGUUUCUAGGUGCAAAUAAAGCACCAGCGCUGGUUUUUCCCUGCUAUUUUCCCCUUUAUCUUAUUUUUUUUCUGUUUUACUGCUGGAUUUUCAGUUGAACUGUUGUCGUUGUUGUGUGUGUUUCACCCUUUUAAUCUACCUUGUUGCGUGAGCUGCCUCAAGAGGGCUGGGUGCCCUAUGAAAAGGAGUAUAUAAAAAAUUAAAUUAGCUUAAGGAAGAAUUUGAAUUGUUCUCUAGACAGUGCCCACUAUAAACAUCCGUGUCUUGCAUACUUUUGGAUCUGUUGGCUGGGUAGUAGACCUGCAUUUGAGUAAGUCCAAAAGGCCAAUAUUUGAGGUUCCUAUUGAAAACAAGGAAUAUUCUGCUCGGUAUAUUUUUUUUUCCAGUUAUCCAUGCAACAACCCUGCAAGGUAGGGACUAUUAUUGCCAAGUUGCAUUGGCAGGGGGAGGAGCAGGCUGCUUCUGGGCAACUGAUGAGUUGCUUGGGGAGAGAUCUCAACUGGGGCAUCCGCCGUGGAUUUCCAUCCUUUCAGUGACAGAACUGGCAAAACUGCAGCCCCCCCUGGGGAAAGCCAGACUCUUCUCAUUAUCCAACCUAAGGUAAAGGUAAAGGGACCCCUGACCAUUAGGUCCAGUCGUGGCCGACUCUGGGGUUGUGGCGCUCAUCUCACUUUAUUGGCCGAGGGAGCCGGCGUACAGCUUCCGGGUCAUGUGACCAGCAUGACUAAGCCGCUUCUGGCAAACCAGAGCAGCGCACGGAAAUGCCGUUUACCUUCCCGCCAGAGCAGUACCUAUUUAUCUACUUGCACUUUGACGUGCUUUCGAACUGCUAGGUUGGCAGGAGCAGGGACCGAGCAAUGGGAGCUCACCCCGUCGCGGGGAUUCAAACCGCCGACCUUCUGAUCGGCAAGUCCUAGGCUCUGUGGUUUAACCCACAGUGCCACCUGCAUCCCAUUAUCCAACCUAUCCUAUUAUUAUUAUUAUUAUUAUUAUUAUUAUUAUUAUUAUUAUUAUUAUUAUUUUGCCCAUUUUAACGCUUCCAGGCCAUUGCCAUCAUGCCCCUUUUGGGUAUGAUAAAAUGUUAAAAGCCCCAGUUAAACAGAGAAGGGAAUUGAUCAAAGCAUUGAAGGUUUUGGAGGUCUUUUAAUUUCUGGGGUGGUUCCCCCCCCUCUUUUCCCCCACCCCAGUCUCCAGGAGCGAUGGCAGCUUCUGCAAAAUUAUUUAUCUUCUAUUUUAGACCUUGGAUAGUGACUCAUUGUGCCCUGGAAAUGUAAUGGCUGUAUUUCUCUCUCUCCCUCUCUCUGUUUCUCCCUUUAUUUUUCAAGCGGCGGCUCAGCUCAGCGUUAGAGGCCUGGGCACUUACAAGCCAAGGCGCCCGUCAGAGUCAGCCCGGUGCUCUAAAAAUACAAUAUUUGCUUUUACCUUUUAGCUGUCAACAAGUUUUCCUUCCAUCCUGUCUGUGUCACACACGCACGCACGCAAAUAGCAAGUCGGCGGGGGGGGGGGGAGUGGCCUCUUAAGAAGCGGAUCCAGAAAAUUUGCCCAGAGGGGAAGCUUUUUGGAAGAUGGUCUUUCUUCUCGUAUGGCAACACAGAUGCUGCAAUAUUCUCCCCGGUGCUUGGAUCCUGCUGCAGAAACCCAAUGCUGCCUCUUGAAGAUAAGUGUUCAAAAGAGGUGACCCUCCCUUGGGCAGACAGUGCACAUGUCAAGCACUGUGAUGCCCCUUCACUCUCAUGACUGCUCCCAAAGAAUCCUGGAAACUGUAGUUUGUUGUAGGCGGAGAGUUGUUUGGAGAACCCCCUACCAUUCCCAGGAGAUUUAACAAUCAAGCCUUCUUCCUGGGGAACUUUGGGAAUUGUAGCUCUCUGGGGGAGGGGAUAAGGCGUCUCCGAACACCUCGCAGCAUUCUUGGAAAACUACAGUUCCCACAUUUGUCUCUCAACCCAUUAUUGAGCUGCACGGGGGUGUCUUCCACUAGCACCAAACUCAUAAUAAUAAUAAUAAUAAUAAUAAUAAUAAUUUAUACUUUGCCCAACUGGCUGAGUUUCCCCAGCCCCUCUGGGCGGCUUCCAAUCAAGUGUUAAAAACAAUACAGCAUUAAAUAUUAAAAACUUCCCUAAACAGGGCUGCCUUCCCAUGUCUUUUAAAAAGAAGAUAGCUGCUUAUUUCUUCACAUCUGAAGGGAGGGCGUUCCACAGGGCGGGCGCCACCACCGAGAAGGCCCUCUGCCUGGUUCCCUGUAACCUUACUUCUCGCAAUGAGGGAACCGCCAGAAGGCCCUCGGUGCUGGAUCUCAGUGUUCGGGCUGAACGUGGCCCCGUGACAGUGCAAAUCCGACAAGCAGAGUUUAAAACCCAACAAAUGUCUUCACUUCUUGCUCUCUCUUGGUUGAGAAAAUGCCCCCGUCUUUCCCCAAAGGACUCGUGAAUCUUGCUUGGGGCUUCCUCUCUCUGUUUGUACGUAACAUUUGCGUGUCGGUACGAAGGAAAGGAACAGGUGAGGCAGUGGGGGGAGAUAGGCAUCAGAACAUCCAGCAGGAUCAGGCCUGUGGUCCAUUUAGACCAGCAUCCUCUUCUCACAGGAAAACCCACAAGCAAGAGAGAAAUUCUCCUCUCCUGGGGUUUCCAGCAACUACAAUCCGGAAGCAUUUCUGCCUCCAACUGUGGAGCCAUCCUGACUAGUAGCCAUUGAUAGCUCUCUCCUCCUCCAUGAUUUUAUCUAAUCCUCUUUUAUAGCCGUCUAGGUUGGUGGUCAUCGUGGCCUCCUGUGGCAAGGAGUUCCACGGUUCAACUCUGCGCUGUGUGAAGAAGGACUUUCCUUUUACCCGUCCUAAAUCUUCCAACCUUUAUUAUAAUAAAAUAAUAUUUUUUUAUUUAUACCCCGCCCUUCCCGGUUCUGAAAACCGGGCUCAGGGCAGCUAACAACAAAUUUAAAACACUUACCGGUAAUUGAUGCAACAAAAAACAGCAUAAAAUACAGUAUAAAACUUGAAUAACAAUAAAGUCAGAAUUCAAAAAUCAAUUUGGGGGGAAAUCCAUCCAGUAAACAUUAGAUGUUCAUCCAUGCAUUAUUGGACGUCCACUUUUCUGGGGCCAUGUAUAAUUUUUAUGAACUUCUAUUAGGUCUCCUCUGAAUUGUUUGCCCUCUAAACUAAUGGCUUCUUUGGUCAUUCUAAGAAAUCAUUAAGGUAAGGGCUGUUCAGUCUUAUUCGUGUCCGUGCAAUAUUUGUGGGUACCUGAAAGAGGAAGGAACCAUUUUCAGCCGUCAGGGACAUCCAUGCAAAGUCCUCCUUUCCUAACCUGUUUUACCCUCAUUUCUUGGGGCCACCAGUAAAGGAAGGUGUUGAUUUUAGAAAACCUCCCCAGCUAUUCUUGGUGGUGGGUUUUAGCCGCUGCACGCCUUAGCGGCUUCCGGGAAGAGGAACCCACAGCAAGAGCAAAUUGUUGACCUUUACGAAACCAAACUUUGAGUUUUGUUUAUUGUACGUUUUUAUCCGUUCCCCUGGGUGCCUCUCUCUUUUUAAUGCUUGCUAAUCAGAGAUUGUGGAUCAUUCAGCAAAAUGGCACCACAGGGCAUCGCGUGGCAUUAGAGGGAGCUUAGAGCAAGCUGCCUGAACCUCGGCCCUCCAGAUGUUUUGAGACUACAAUUCCCAUCAUCCCUGACCACUGGUCCUGCUAGAUAGGGAGGUCCUCUGGCUGGGACGGGGCGAUAUGGGAUUGAGGGGGCAACUCCCAUCUCUUGCGGGGGUGCAAUUAGUGCCAGCAUCGUCCGUUAAGAGUUUGGGUGUAAUCUUCGAUACCUCCCUCUCUAUGGAGGUGCAGAUUACAGCUAUAACAAAGGGAGCAUUUUUUCAUCUCUGCCAAGCUAAGCAGUUGGCCCCUUAUCUCUAUUGCCCUGACCUAGCCACUGUGAUCCACGUGACGGUCACCUCCAGACUGGAUUAUUGUAACUCGCUCUACGUGGGGCUGCCCUUGAGACUGACCCAGAAACUCCAGCGGGUGCAGAAUGCUGCAGCGAGACUCCUUAUGGGGUCUUCGCUGCGAGAUCACAUUCACCUGGUGCUAUACCAGCUGCACUGGCUCCCGGUGGAGUACAGGAUCAGGUUUAAGGUGCUGGUUUUGACCUUUAAAGCCCUAUAUGGCCUAGGACCCUUGUACCUACUGGACCGCCUCUCCUGGUAUGUCCCACAGAGAAAUUUACGGUCUUCAAAUAAAAACAUGCUGAAGAUCCCAGGCCACAGAGAGGUUAGGCUGGCCUCAACCAGAGCCAGGGCUUUUUCGGUCGUGGCUCCGAUCUGGUGGAACACUCUGUCCCAAGAGACUAGAGCCCUGCGGGACUUGACAUCUUUCCGCAGGGCCUGCAAGACAGAGCUGUUCCACCAGGCCUUUGGUCAGGGCGCAGCCUGACUCCCUCCUCUGGCAAUCUGCACAGAAUUUUGCUUAAUGGUUGCCAUCAAUUUGAUUUUAAUGAAUUUUAUAAUGAAUGUUUUUAGAAUGUUGGAUUAUUUUGAUUGUUGUUAGCUGCCCUGAGCCCAGCUUCAGCUGGGCAGGGCGGGAUAUAAAUAAAAUUUAUUAUUAUUAUCAUGGGAGUUGUAGCCCCAAAACAUCUGGAGGGUUGAGGAAGCCUGGCUUAGAGUAUCCGAAGUCUCCAUCAGAUGAACCAGCAAAGGUAGGACCAAAGGUUGCCCGGUGAGAGAAGAUGGAGAAUACUGGAACGGCCGUCCUAAGGAUUUCCUGUCCGUAACUGGAACAUAGGAAAAUUCCUUGAACUGAGACAGAACAGGAUAAUAGCCCUGUGGCUGAAUCAGGCCAAAGGCACAUCUAGGCUGCCCUGUUUAGGGAAGUAUUUAAUAAUAAUAAUAAUAAUUUAUUAUUUAUACCCCGCCCAUCUGGCUGGGUUCCCCCAGCCACUCUGGGUGGCUUCCAACAGAACACUAAAAUACAAUAACCUAUUAAACAUUAAAAGCUUCCCUAAACAGGGCUUCCUUCAGAUGUCUUCUAAAAGUCUGGUAGUUGUUCUUCUCUUUGACAUCUGGUAGGAGGGCAUUCCACAGGGCGGGUGCCACCACCGAUAAGUCCCUCUGCCUGGUUUCCUGUAACUUGGCUUCUCGCAGCGAGGGAACCACCAGAAGGCCCUCGGCACUGGACCUUUAAUGUUUGAUGUUUUAUUGUGUUUUUACUAUUCUGUUGUUGUUGUUAUUCACAUGGCAGCUGCAGUGUCCUGUUUCCCUAACAAUUAGUUUCUGAAUUAUGUUUGUUCUUUCACAUCAUGUAAAAGCCAGUUCUGGAAAACAAAUCGAAUAUCGGACUUUAUAGUGGCAAGCUGCAAGAUAGUUAAAGGUCUGGCAACCAAGCCUUAUAAGAAACCGUUGAGGGAGUUGGGCCUGUUUAGCUUGGAGAAGAGGAGACUGGGAGGAGAGAUGAGGUGAUACCAAACUGGGAAGGGUAGCUAAUGCUGUCGAAGACAGAAUUGGGAUUCAAGGUGACCUUAAAAGAUUGGAGAACUGGGCGCAAGCUAACGAAAUGAAUUUCUGAAGAAGUGUGCAUGCACACAAAAGCUCAUACCAACGACAAACUUACUUGGUCUCUAAGGUGCUACUGGAAGGAAUUUUUUUAUUUUGUUUCCACUAUGACAGACCAACACGGCUACCUACCUGUAACUAAUAGGGAGCAAGUUAAGGUUCUGCAUUUAGGCGGGAAGAACCAGAUGCACAAAUAUAGGACGGGGGACACCUGGCUUACUAGCAGUACAUGUGAAAAGGGUCUAAGGGUCUUCGUGGACCAGAAGCUUGACAGGGGCCAACAGGGUGAUGCAGCAGCAAAAAAAGUGAAUGCUAUUCUAGGCUGCAUCAACAGAAGUUGAGUGUCCAGGCCAAGGGAAGUAAUAGGUAAAGGUAAAGGGACCCCUGACCGUUAGGUCCAGUCGUGGCCGACUCUGGGGUUAUGGUGCUCAUCUUGCUUUAUUGGCCGAGGGAGCUGGCGUACAGCUUCCGUGUCAUGCGGCCAGCAUGACAAAGCCGCUUCUGGCAAACCAGAGCAGUGCACGGAAACGCCGUUUACCUUCCUGCCAGAGCGGUACCUAUUUAUCUACUUGCACUUUGACGUGCUUUUGAACUGCUAGGUUAGCAGGAGCAGGGACCGAGCAACGGGAGCUCACCCUGUCACGGGGAUUCGAACCAGCGACCUUCUGAUCGGCAAGUCCUAGGCUCUGCGGUUUAACCCACAGCGCCACCCACAUCCUAAGGGAAGUAAUAGUCCCCCCUCUAUUCUGCCGUGAUCAGACCACACUUGGAAUACUUUGUUGAAUUCUGGGCUCCACAAAUUAAGAAGGAUGUUGACAUGAGAAGAACGGUGCCUGUAGCUCUUAUCUCAUAUCUCAGGUUUUACAAGUGCCGUAAACUUGCUAUUUUAAAAAAAGAAUGGAGGAUGGGAAUCGGGGGUUUUUGAUUCAUGUGGAAAAUUUAAAAUGGAUCUUGCGCCUUCCUGGCAGGGUGGGGUCUCCUGGGGUAGCCCUUACUGUAUUCCUUGCUGCCUCUAAGCCCUGUGUGGUCAGAACCGGACCGCUCUCUUAAAUAUGUGGUCUAAAACCAUUUAGGCAACAGCUAAACGAGACAGACCAGAAGUGACGCAGGAACAGAAUUUUGUCUGAUGCUGUUAAAUGCCCGGGCCUGUUCCCUUAACAGGGCCAGACAGUGAGGAAUUAAAAUAAAUAAGUGUGUUAAUUUUGAAAGCUCCCGAGGUGUGCUUCAGCCAUGAGGACGGAGGGCUCUCCCGGGCCUGUCGGAGCCUUUCAGGGAAGCUCUCCAUCUUCUCGGAUGCUGCGCGCCUCAUUAAUAAACAUUAGCCUGGCAGUUAAAAGAAGGGCGCUAUCUACAUUUAAUGAACUCUGGGAUGGGCUUGGGAGACGCAACACAUCGAUAAGGUGUCAGCAGCCCUGACGCGAGACAAGUUCAUCUGGGGGCUCACAUGCCAGCCCAAAGUCCGGGAGGCAAUACUAGGUAAGUGACUAGGCAGAGCUGUUGACACACAGACACACCCACCCCUCCAAUUAUAAGGGGAAAAAAUACCCCAGUAUUGGUGGCCGAUGAUGAACCAUUUUCCAGUGACUAAACUGAAUUCCUUGUUGCAUUUCCUGUAAUUGCAGUCUGCGUUGCAUGGGUGUGAGCACGUAGGGGAAACAAAUUAUUUUCUUAAGGAAAUAAAAAGCCUGCAGACUUUUGAGUUCAAGCUGCUAGGUAAAUCAUUUCUUCUUCUUUUUUUAAGGAGAAGGCGGCAGCCCUGAGUUUUCAGUUUCCUUCUUGAAACAGGGAUAAACAUCUGCAAAAAUAAGUUUUGUCCUGCAGGUUUGGGAGGUCAGUCUACAUGAUGGCCGGAGCUCCUUCCCAUUCUUGCGGUCCUGUAUUAGCAAAGGUCAGACUCUAACAGAUGAUUCUACUGGUGAACUGGUCAAAUAAGAGUCUUUGUAAGUCAAGGGCCUUAGCUGGUCACUUGAGUGUCCUCAUCAGCAUCCCAAAGGAAUAAGCUGGGUUGCAAGAGCUACAACUGAUAGGUGAGGGGAUGGAGGAAGGAGCCACCUGUCUACUAGGUAGGAGAAUAGCCAGUCAGGAAGCAAGCAGGAAGCCGGAGACACAGAGAUCUGCUCGCUCUGUGCUGGAUCCCAAGCUGCGAUUAAUGGAUUUGCAAGAUCUGUUGCAGUGUUGAUGCUGUGAGCCUCUCCAUCCUAUGCUCAGGUUGUAUGUAUGUGCAAAUAAAUGUCAUAAAAGCAGCACAGUCGCUAGUGACCAAGAUGAUCAAGGGUUUGGAGAUGGCUGAGGGAGCUGAGUUUGCCUGGGAAAGAGGGGCCAGAGGGAAGAGCCAUCUUCAAAUAUCCCAUAGAAGAGGGAGCGGCACAGCAGCAGCGGGAAGCCCCAUUAGCUAAAGUGGUGCUUCAGGUUAAGAACAGUUUCAGGUUAAGAACAGACCUCCAGAACGAUUUAAGUACGUAACCAGAGGUACCACUGUAUAUACUAAGAGCAAUACCACAGAAUUGGCCCUGCAGCAAACAGGCAACCAGUAUGGAUCUCUGAGCACCUGCUUGCGGCCAAGGUCUCGGCUCGGUCAGCAAUCGUGCUGCAGCGUUCUGCGGCGAGUUGGUUUUUUUUAGGAAAAAAGAAGACGAGCUUUCCAAGAGUCAGCCGGCGCAGAGAUGCAAAGGUCCUUUUCUGUGUCUGCGUACGGCUUUCGAGGGUUCUGCCUCUCCACCCUCCCCGACUCAACCCCCGCCGAGUUUUGCAUUUAGGAAUCUCGCCAGAUUAGCAGCGGGUCGGCCCUGUCUCCUGCGAAGCCAGGAUGCCGGCGUACGGGAACAGCAGCGAAGGACGGCCUGGUGUGAUGCGAGGACAAGUGCCUCCCCCCGUCCAGAUUGGCAGGAGCGCCGGGGGCAGCGUUGGGAGCCCAAUAUUGACUAAUUAUUUAGCUGUGAAUGGCAGCUGUGAACAUUGUGUUCCUUGCGCAUGGCUUCCUGCGUUUAUUGUGAGUCUAAUUACAAAGGCAGGAGUUGGAGGGGGGGCAGGAUCCUGCGCCUUCCUGCUCUGCUGUCAAGAGCUCUGGAGCUGCCCUGGCCAGCUGUGCAGAGAGGGGGAAAGGGCAGGCGAUGGGGGGGGGCGAGGGCCACAACUUGUGGAAUUCUCGAGUCAAAUCUUUUUUAUUAGGUUUUACAUUGCGAAUUUAAAUUCAAACAUUAAACAUCAACGUCAUCGUUUAGAAUUCCCUGAAUCCUUUGACUCCCCUCCAUGGUUAACAUUAUCAAUCUUUUUCUAACUGCUUCUCUGUUUUUCUCAAAUAAUCCAUUUCUACCAUAAUUUUUUCCCCAAAUGCUUUUCCCCAAUGGGGCCAUUGACCUGAUGCAUGGGCUGCUUAGGUUUUUAAGGUGAGCACGCUUGCCUCGGUGAGUCCUGGGUUCAAAUUCCCGCCUCCACCAUGGACAAAUGCUGAGGUUUUGAAUGAGGUUUGUGCUCUCUCUCUCAUUUGCAAAUCUGCAGUGAUGCUUAUGAUCUGCUGCGCAAGGUUGUUGUGAGGGCAACUGCUUUCGGGACUGCGGAAAUGUUAUCGAUUGAUUUUCCAGCGCAGGCUCAGAGAGGGACGCGACAGCCUGGACUCAGAGAACACGUCUCAGUGCAAACAUGCAGGCACACACCAAAAUACUGUAGAAAUCAUGCAUUCCAAAGCAAAACAUCCAGGGGUUAUAUUUGGAAGAAUUUGAAUGUAAAGACACACACACACCCCGGAAUAAAGUAGUGCACUCGUAAAACAUAUUGUGUGCCAGGUUGUAGGUGCUCAAAGCUAUCCUGGGAACACUAAAUAAGAAACACACAGUUUGUUAUUUUUUGUUUGUUAUUAUGGUAUGUAUUUUUGUAGUUUUAUAUUGUAAACCGCCCUGUGAUCUUCGGAUGAAGGGCAGUACAGAAAUUCAAUUAAUUAAUUGGACUACUGCAAUGUGCUCUAUGUGGGGCUACCUUUGAAGGUGACCCGGAAAUUACAACUAAUCCAGAAUGCGGCAGCCAGACUGGUGACUGGGAGCGGCCGCCGAGACCAUAUAACGCCGGUCUUGAAAGACCUACAUUGGCUCCCAGUACGUUUCCGAGCAAAAUUCAAAGUGUUGGUGCUGACCUUUAAAGCCCUAAAUGGCCUCGGUCCAGUAUACCUGAAGGAGCAUCUCCACCUCCAUCAUUCUGCCCGGACACUGAGGUCCAGCGCCGAGGGCCUUCUGGCGGUUCCCUCGCUGCGAGAAGCCAAGUUACAGGGAACCAGGCAGAGGGCCUUCUCGGUAGUGGCGCCUGCCCUGUGGAACGCCCUCCCCCCAGAUGUCAAAGAGAAAAACAACUACCAGUCUUUUAGAAGACAUCUGAAGGCAGCCCUGUUUAGGGAAGCUUUUAAUGUUUAAUAGGUUAUUGUAUUUUAGUGUUUUGUUGGAAGCCACCCAGAGUGGCUGGGGAAGCCCAGCCAGAUGGGCGGGGUAUAAAUAAUAAAUUAUUAUUAUAUUAUUAUUAUUGGGGUAAGAACACAUGGGAAGCGAGCCUCAGUUUGUAAGGAGGCAUUCAACCUGUUCACCAGGAAUGGGCUAGGAAUUUCUUCCAGGCAGCCAGACAGAGACGAUGCAAACUGGAAUAACGUCAGACUUCCUUUUAUUUCUGACAAUGUGCUGAAGGUUACAGGGCAGUGGACAGGAGACCGCUUAAAAACGGAGACCUCGAUGAUGAUCCUUGCAUUGCAGCGGGUUGGACUAAAUGACCCUCGGGGUCCCUUUGAACUCUACGCUGCUACAUUCCUCAGGCUGCACUCCUGUUUUGCCCUCCGUUGGCCACCACUUGCGCCCUGCAUGCCCUCCUGCGUAGACCAGGAUGCUGAAGAAGAGGUCCGCAUGCGUCUGCCGUCAGGCAAAUCCCACCCUGUCAUCCGGAACGGGUUGCGUGAGCCAGGUUCCUGCUUACGUGCUUAAUGAGAGAGAGGUACAAAUAGUCAGGGGAGCCGGCGAAAAGGAGAGAAGCGCGGCUCGUAGUGUUUACAGAGCAACCAGCAGCACCGGAGAGAGCGGCUCAGCAUCCGAUCUCAUUAUCGGCACAGCUGUGCGGAUCACAUGUUCUUUCCUCCGGGCGCAUGCACAGAACAGCGCACGGGGCUGCAGUGCGGCUCGAGCCGUCGACACACAUGUCACCACGGAUCGCCACGGUCCCCAAAGGGUUGGCAGGCUUCCCCCUUAGGAAGGAUGGGGUCACUUCUGUUGAAAGGCAGGAAGUUGUUUGGUAUUUUGCUCUCUUAUAGUUCGACUGCCAGAGAAAGUGGCCAUUUGCGCAUAAAAAGAGCAAUGUGGAUCAGGCCAAUGGCCCAUCUAGUCCAGCAUCCUGGUCUCACAGGGGCCAACCAGAUGCCUCAAUAGGAAACCCACAAGCAGGAUUCGAACCCAAGAGCAACUCUCCCCUCCUGUGGUCUCCAGCAUUGCUGCCUCUAACUGUGGAGUCAGAGCAGAUUCAUCCUGACUAAUGGCCACUGAAAGCCCUCUCCUCCUCCGUGAAUUUCUUGAAUCCUCUUUUAAUCCAAGUUGGUGGCCAUCGCUGCCUCCUGUGGCAGGGAGUUCCACAGUUUAACUAUGCACUGCACGAAGAAGGGCUUCAUUUUCUCAACAACAACAACAACAACAACAAUAAUAAUAAUAAUAAUAAUAAUAAUAAUUUAUUAUUUAUACGCUGCCCAUCUGGCUGGGUUUCCCCAGCUGCUCUGGGAGGCUUCCAAUAAAAUGUUAAAAUGCAGUAAUCCAUCCAGCAUUAAAAGCUUCCCUAAACGGGGCUGCCUUCAGAUGUCUUCUAAAAGUCUGGUAGUUUCUUUCCUUGACUUCUGAUGGGAGGGUGUUCCACAGGGCGGGUGCCACUACCGAGAAGGCCCUCUGCCUGGUUCCCUGUAACUUCGCUUCUCACAGGGAGGGAACCGCCAGAAGGCCCUCGGAGCUGGACCUCAGUGUCCAGGCAGAACGAUGGGGGUGGAGACGCUCCUUCGGGUAUACUCGGCAGAGGCCAUUUAGGGCUUUAAAGGUCAGCACCAACACUUUGAAUUGUGCUCGGAAACAUACUGGGAUCCAAUGUAGGUCUUCUAAGACUGGUGUUAUGUGGUCUCGGUUGACUCUCCCAGUCACCAGUCUAGCUCCCGCAUUCUGGAUUAAUUGCAGUUUCCAGGUCACCUUCCAAGGUAGCCCCACAUAGAGUGCAUUGCAGUAGUCCAAGCGAGAGAUAACCACAGCAUGCACCACUCUGGCGAGACAGUCCGCGGGCAGGUAGAGUCUCAUCCUGCGUACCAGAUGGAGCUGGUAAACAGCUGCCCUGCACACAGAAUUGCCCUGCGCCUCCAUGGACAGCUGUGAAUCCAAAAUGACUCCCAGGCUGCGCACCUGGUCCUUCAGGGGCACAGUUAUCCCAUUCAGGACCAGGGAGUCCUCCACACCUGCCCACUUCCUGUCCCCCCAAAACAGGACUUCUGUCUUGUCAGGAUUCAACCUCAAUCUGUUAGCCGCCAUCCAUCCUCCAACCACCUCCAGACACUCACACAGGACCUUCACCGCCUUCACUGGUUCUGAUUUGAAAGAGAGGUAGAGCUGGGUAUCAUCUGUUCUGAAUCUUCCAACAUUGAUCUUCCUUGGUUGUCCAUGAGUUCUAGUGUUAUGAGAGAGGGAGGGGGGGGAUUCUGUCCACUUCCCCCAUGUCAGGCAUCAUUUAAUAAACUUCUACUGUGUUUCCUCUUCCUCUUCCUUUUAACUAAAGUUAAUAAGAGUAAUAGUAACACAGCGACUCUUUGUUGCCUAGAGAAGGGGAUAGAGAGGGUGUUUAAAUGGGAAUAGAAACUGCAGCUUGCUGUACAAAUGUAAGAUGCCCACUCGUUGCCUUAUCCGCUUGGAAAAUUGCAAUAGUAAUUAUUAUUAUUAUUAUUAUUAUUAUUAUUAUUAUUAUUAUUAUUGACCCAGUCACUCUGGGUGGCUUCAAACUUAUAUAAAUGUGGCCCACACCUCUGGGUAGGAAUCCAGAUUUUAAUUGAUUGAGGGAAUUUGUUUAUCUAUACACAUUUGUAUACCAGUUAGUAUUUCACAAAUGGUGUUGCUGUCAGUAGGAACAAAUAUAUCGGGUGAAGGGAGGAAACAUAAAAUUAUCUCCACUUUGGACACUGUCCGGCCGCUUUUAUUAAAGAUGAGGGGAGGAAGGGGUCCUCUUAUUUUUGCAUCAAAUGAAGAUUUUUAAAAAUGAAGGAAGAGGAGAGAGAGAGAGAGAGAGAGAGAGAGAGAGAGAAAGAAAGAAAGAAAGAAAGAAAGAAAGAUAAAUACAGUUCCAGAUUUGACUAAGAGGACAUCAGGGGGACUGGGCUGAUGAGUCAAUAAAUGCAUGGCCUUUGGGAGAAGUGAGGAAAAGAGACAACUCAACAAGAUCCAUGUUUAGCUGUCAAAACAUUCCCUGGCGCUCAACGGCUUAUCUGAACACACUGCUGCCACUCUGCCUGCAGCGCAAGGGGGGGGUGGUGGUGGAGGCAGCUGCAAAUGAACUGAUCUCGAUAAUUGGUCAAGAAAUUGCUGGCAGGGACUAGGCGUGCGCAGGGAGGCAGAGGUGGCGCCCAGUCCAGCUUCGGCCGAAGAAGCCGAGGUUACGGUACGUUCCUGCUCGUCUAUAUGCUGCCAUUCGGCCGAAAAAGGCUCCCAGCAAAGGAAAUCCCCUGUGUUGCAAAACAGACAACUCUGAACCAUCGCAGGCAACACGCGCCUAAUAAUGUUCUAACAAAACAUUUGUAACGUGCUAUUUCACAAUUCACCAACCGAAACGAUGUAACGGAAGUCACAAAUAAUAGAAGUCAAUCAAGGGAGCAUGAACAAAAUUAGAAAAUGUCAUCCAUCAGUAUCAAAGAGGCAAACAAGCCUUUCAACAGCCACCAUCUUGUAACCGUGCGGUAAUGGAUGCUCCAAACGUAGAACAGUUUUUUUCCGGAUGAUGAACUGUUUCGAUAGUAACUCUUCAUCAGCUGGCGAUGAUGUAAAAUAAAAUCCGUUACAUUCAAAUAUAAUAUGAGAUGAACAGGUACAUGCAGUUACAAAACAAACACUGCAAAUAUGGCUGGCUGGCUGGCUGGCUGGCAUCCAUCUGUCUCUGGAGACAAUGGAGCAUUGCACCAUUGGGGUGAAAGUCAAACUGUUGGAGAGUUGCAGCACCUUAAGUAAAGGUAAAGGGGCCCCUGACCAUUAGGUCCAGUCAUGACCGACUCUGGGGUUGCGGCACUCAUCUUGCUUUACUGGGCAAGGGAGCCGGCGUACAGCUUGACUAAGCCGCAUGACUAAGCCGCUUCUGGCGAACCAGAGCAGAGCACAGAAACACCGUUUGCCUUCCCGCCAGAGCAGUACCUAUUUAUCUACUUGCACUUUGAGGUGCUUUCAAACUGCUAGGUUGGCAGGAGCAGGGACCGAGCAACGGGAGCUCACUCCAUUGCAGGGAUUUGAACCGCCAACCUUCCGAUCGGCAAGUCCUAGGUUCUGUGGUUUAACCAACAGCGUCACCUGCAUCCCUUAGUCUGACACAGUAGAAAUAUAUAUAUAUAUAAAUUUUAAUUGUCCAGUAGCACCUUAGAGACCAACUAAGUUUGUUCUUGGUAUGAGCUUUCAUGUGCAUGCACACUUCUUCAGAUACACUGAAUGACUCCCAGGCUGAGCACCUGGUCCUUCAGGGGCACAAUUACCCCAUUCAGGACCAGGGAGUCAUCUUAAUUUGCCAGCCUUCAUGUCACGUUUGCAGACAUCUUUGUAGCGCAGAGUUGGUGUGCCAACAGGCCUGGCGCCUGCAGCCAGUUCUCCACAGAGCCCCUCCUUGGGGGUCCUGCCAUCUGUGGACAUGACCAAGGCGCUGAGACAGGAUGGAUGGAGAAGGGUUGCGAAAGGAGGUGAUAGAAUCAGAAAGGGAGGCAAUAGGGGCAUCGACAGGGAGAAGGUGAAGCAGCUCUUAGCCACGUGCAGAGGGCCAUGUCCAAUCCUGGCAUCUGCUGUGUUGUGUUCAUGUUUAAGGGGGCAUGUUCAACAUAGGAGAUGGCAAGCCAGUGCAGAAGGCUGAGCAGGUAGAGGAAACAAGAUUUUGUGGAUUGGGGGGGGGGGGGAGAGAUUUCCUGAGACUUUGCAGGCACCAUAGGAGGUACUGGUAGGCAGUGAACAUUAACCACCCUUCCUCCAGUUUGCAUUUCACCUCUUCCUGUUCAAACAAUGUCUAGAAAAAGCAGCAGCUUCUCUCCAUCAUUGGUCAUUCCUAGAAACAAAUGUGCUUGGUUUUGCUUAUUUUUUUACACCGACAGAUGUUUCUGAAGACGUUUGCUGUGAUCUACCGGCCAGCAAGGCAAAGAAUGAAGGAGCCCGUGUCCUUAUUUUCCUCCCCUUCACUUGUAUGGAAAUUAGGGAAUCAACUUUGCACGGAGGAAGGGAGGGAGAGCACCAAGGUGCCUAAUAAAUACCAGGCGGAGGUGGGAUUCGAAUUCAGGGCCUCCAGAUCCCAACGCUUCGUCCGCGGGGCUGCCCUUGCGCUCAAAGGCACAGCCUCGGUUCGGUUGCCCGAAGCGUUGGGACUUUGCCAAGAAACUUCCGAGGGCGCCGGCCAAACGGGAAAUCAUUUUUAUAAGUACAUUGGAUGAGAUAAAUGAUAAUAUGCUUGACAGGCUCUUGGCUUGGCCUUCUCCCCCUUGUGCGGAGUGUGGAACUUGGCUCAGCCGCUGCCUUCAAAAAAAAGAAGACGUUAUUGUGGAUUGUUCCCUGGCAGGGAGACGUGUGAGCGUCUCCGGCGGGGAUGAAGCCCUUUCUGUCAUUAGAGGCUUAAGUCACAUUUGCAGGGCUGGGUUACCCGUAAGGCAGAGUAAGCCCCAGCGAGUGUUUGCCUGUGCAGAGGAAGAAUGGGCUAAUCCUGCGCCCGCCCUCCAUCCAGCUGAGUGCCUGGCAACUGCUCAGAGAGUGCUGAGGCUCCUUCAGAGGCUGCCAGGGGACAGGGGACGGUCUCACUGUAUCGUCGAACUGUAGAGUUGCAAGGGAGCCUGAGGGUCAUCCAGCCCAACCCACUUCUGGCAGUUUUCUCUCUCUCUUGUUCAUUCAUUUCACACACUGCUUGGUUGUAGAAACGGAACAGAAUUCAAAGCAGAUUGCCGAGAGAGAGAGGGAGAAUUAUCAAUGAGAAACAUUGUUGUUGUUGUUUAGUCAUUUAGUCGUGUCCGCCUCUUCGUGACCCCCUGGACCAGAGCACAUCAGGCACUCCUGUCUUCCACUGCCUCCCACAGUUUGGUCAAACUCAUGUUGGGAGCUUUGAGAACACUGUCCCACCAUCUCGUCCUCUGUCGCCCCCUUCUCCUUGCGCCCUCCAUCUUUCCCAACAUCAGGGUCUUUUCCAGGGAGUCUUCUCUUCCCAUGAGGUGGCCAAUGUCUUGGAGCCUCAGCUUCAGGAUCUGUCCUUCCAGUCAGCAUUCAGGGCUGAUUUCCUUCAGAAUGGAGAGGUUUGAUCUUCUUGCAGUCCAUGGGACUCUCAAGAGUCUCCUCCAGCACCAGAAUUCAAAAUGAGAAAAAUUAGCGGCUAUAAUUCAAGGCUUCUGAAAAGUUAAAAUAACAGUACACUAAAAGCAGAUUGUGGGAUGCGGGUGGCGCUGUGGGUUAAACCACAGAGCCUAGGACUUGCCGAUCAAGAGGUCGGUGGUUCGAAUCCUCGCGACGGGGUGAGCUCCCGUUGCUCGGUCCCUCCUCCUGCCAACCUAAGCAGUUCAAAAGCACGUCAAAGUGCAAGUAGAUAAAUAGGUACCGCUCCGGCGGGAAGGUAAACGGCGUUUCCGUGCGCUGCUCUGGUUCGCCAGAAGCGGCUUAGUCAUGCUGGCCACAUGACCCGGAAGCUGUACACCAGCUCCCCCAGAGUCAGCCAUGACUGGAUCUAAUGGUCAGGGGUCCCUUUACCCUUUACCUUUAAAAGCAGAUUAAAGCUCGCAACAGCUUUCUAGGAAUGCUCCUCUAGACAAGGAUGUUUCCGUCAAGCACCGAAAGGAGAGCAGUAGUGAAGGAGCCUGUCUGGUGUCAAGAGGCAGGGAGUUCCAAAGUUGUAUGUGCUGCUACACCAAAAGACUGAGUGCUUAUAGAUGCAGAUGUAAACUAUCAAGAGACGUCCACCACCACACAAAAGCAGUCUGGGGGUGUCCAACAUUAGGGACCCCCUGCCCUUAUAUCCUCACCCCCCUAAUUUUUAUUAAAUUUUCUGCUUUACAUUUUAGAAUAUUCAUUUAAAUUAAAAUAUCAAUGACUUCCCUUCUUUUCUUUCCAUGGUUCAGUUUUCAUACCAGAAAUCCCUGCAUAUUUUACAUAAAGUAAACCAUUCAGUAUCCCAUGAUUACAUCCAUCCAGGCUUAUUUACACUGUUGAAUUUAUCUUAAUGCUGCCCACGUUUUCAAAUAUACACAGUUUCAUCCCAUAUAUUCAAUAAACGUUUUCCAAUCUUCUUUAAAGGUACGUUCUUCUUGUUCUCUUAUUCUAUAUGUUAGGUCCGCAAGCUGCGAAUAUUCCAUCAGUUUGAAUAUCCCAUCAUUCUUCUUUGGUUGGGACCUCGCUCUUUUUCCAUUUUGGGGCUAGCAAAACACAGCCUUAUAUCCUGACUUCUCUCACCCGCUUUUCCAAGUCCCAGAAACCAUCUGAGUUGCAUCCUUGCCUGUCUCCAAACUCCCAAGCUAGCUGGGACCGGUAUAGAGUCAUGCUAGGUGCUGUGAGAAGAGGGCAACCUGGGUGUAUCAGUUAGAAAGCAGGGAGCAUACAAGGCAGGGCCUGGGACACCAUUUCAUGGAAUCUUAGCCCUGCAGAGUUGGAAGGGACCCUGAGGGUCAUCUAGUCCAACCCCCUGCAAGGCAGGAAUCUUUUGCCCAGCGUGGGGCUCCAACCCGUGAUCCUGAGAUUAAGAGUCCCAUGCUCUACUGGCUGAACUAUCCUGAGUUCUGUUCCAAGCCACACUAAUACCGAAAGCCAUCUUCCUCAAAAACAGCCUUGCAAAUAUGAUGCGCAUCUGAAGAAGCGGGAGGCAAAGCGGGGGGGGGGGGAGACACACGAAAAAGGGGGGAAAGUAAAUAUCAGCAAGGGAUGUUUUUUGGCAGCUUUUCAGUUCUAAAUUGAGCUAAUUCUACCUUCUGAAAGGAAGAUAAUUUCCAUGUUUCUUUGCUUGAGAACACAUAAUUGAAGUUAUUUUCCUUCCAAGAAAGGAGCCUCUGGAACAUCGUUUGCAAAUGGACAGGAAAAAAUGAAUGUAUCUGGCGCUGCCUGAGCCGCGGGGCAUUCAUUGCGGCGCAGUUUCUGAACGCCGCUGCCACUUCCCCCAAGGUGUUUAUCACUUGCUCAGGUGUCUUCCUCCCCCUCUCCUUCCUCCGGCACUCCUCUUUUCGAAGGGAGAGCGAGGAGGGCUGAGCCGAAAGCGAAUGGCGCUAAACCCAAUGAGCCAUGGGAAAGUUAUCAGGAAGGUUCAGAGCAGAAAUUGGAAGAAGAAAACUCGAGGAUCUCUUAAAUUGACCAGCGCUUUUGGGGGAGGCAGCAGCCACUGGCUCCUUGGCCUUGGAUUCCUCCUUAAAACCGGCAUCUCAAAAGCCAAAUGUUAACAAAAGUGCUGAGAUAGAAGAGAUUGUGAGUUUAUGGACUUCAUGAACUUCCAGAGUGAAUUAUUGUGAUCUCUGAUGCUCAUUUUGGUUUUUAAAGUCCCAAACGGCUCAGGCCCCAAAUACCGAAAAAGGCUUCCUCUUCAUCGCAGCCUCCUGUGGGAGUGAGUUCCACAGUUUAACUCUGCUCUGUGUGGAGAAGUCUUUCCUUUUAUCUUUUAAGCUGGAAGGUGUGCAGCCAAGAUGAUCAAAGGUCGGUAAAACAAGCCUUAUGAGGAAUGGUCGAAGGAGCUGGGGGUGUUUAGCCUGGAAAAGAGGAGACUGACAGGAGAUAAGAGAGCCAUCUUCAAAUAUCUGAAGGGCUGCCCCAUGGAUGAUGGAGGAAGCUUGUUUUCUCCUGUUCUGGAGGGUAGGACUCGCACCAAGGGCUUCAAGUUACAAGAAAGGAGAUUCUGACUAAACACAGGGAAGGACUUUCUGACAGUAAAAGCUGUUCGACAGAGGAACGAUCUCCCUCUGGAGGUGGUGGACUCUCCUUACCUGUAGGUUUUUAAGCAGAGGGUAAAGGUAAAGGACCCCUGGACAGUUAAGUCCAGUCAAAGGCGACUCUGGGGUUGUGGUGCUCAUCUCGCUUUCAGGCCGAGGGAGCCGGCGUUUGUCCACAGACAGCUUUCUGGGUCAUGUGGCCAGCAGGACUAAACUGCUUCUGGCACAACGGGACACCAUGAUGGAAACCAGGGCAUACAGAAACACUGUUUACCUUCCUGCCAGAGUGGUACCUAUUUAUCUACUUGCACUGGUGUGCUUUCAGACUGCUAGGUUGGCAGAAGCUGGUACAGAGCAACGGGAGCUCACCCCGUCGUGUGGAUUCGAACCACCAACCUUCCGAUCAGCAAGCCCAAGGGCCUCAGUGGUUUAGACCACAGCGCCACCCGCUCCCUAAUGCAGAGGUUGGAUGGCUUUAGCUGAGAUUCCUGCAUUGAGCAUUUGGGUCCCUUCCAACUCUUAAGAUUCAGUGAUUCCCUAGAGACCCUCUCAGCUGCUGAGAUUGGCAGAGGGGCCCCUCUUGAGAGUCCCUGCACCCUCAGAGGCUUGGGGUAAUAGAGACCCGGGCAGUAGGAGAAUCUCCUCUUCUCUGCCAGACAAAGAGGACCAUGAUAAGGUCCAUUUUAUGCAGUGAAGAGGAAUUGUGGGCAAAUGUUGGUUAAUGCCCAGUGGUUGCCAUUAAUUGGAUUUUGAAUUGAUUUUAGAAUGAAUUGAUUUUAGACUGCAUGUCAAUUAAUUGAUUGUGAUUUUAUGUACCGUAUUUUUCGCUCUAUAAGACGCACCAGACCACAAGACGCACCUAGUUUUUGGAGGAGGAAAACAAGAAAAAAAAUAUUCUGAAUCUCAGAAGCCAGAACAGCAAGAGGGAUCGCUGCGCAGUGAAAGCAGCAAUCCCUCUUGCUGUUCUGGCUUCUCGGAUAGCUGCGCAGCCUGCACUCGCUCCCUAAGACGCACACACAUUUCCCCUUACUUUUUAGGAGGGAAAAGGUGAGUCUUACAGAGCAAAAAAUACGGUAAACUGUGUUACUUUUAUUGUUGUUAGCCGCUCUGAGCCCGGCUUCGGCUGGGGAGGGUGGGAUAUAAAUAAAAUUUUAGUAUUAUUAUUUAUUAUAUGCUGCCCUGUGAUCCCAUGGGAUGAAGGGCAGUUUAGAAAUGACAGUGACGAUGAAGAUGAUGAUGAUGAUAGGAUAUCACAGAGUUAUCGGGGGGUUUUACAGAAAACCUCACACAUCAUCUACAAUCUGUUUGCUGGUAUUAUGAAGAAACCCGCACUUACAAGCAAGCGCAGUUUGGGCGUGGGGGAAAGCUUUCAGCUCCUAAAUGGUGAAUAUAAUAAGUGCACACAAAGAAAUGUUUUUGCCAUUGUUAAAUCACGAUAAAAUCCCAGAAUAGCAAUGCCGAAGGGGAGAUUUCCCAAAAUGUUGCCUGUGUACAGCAAAACCGUGUUUUUUUAUUUUAAAAAAUCUUUCGAUUCCCUCACCCAAUUUUGUACCAAACUAUGCGAAAAAGUCACAUUAUGCAAAUUGGGACUAGAUUGAUGUAGAUUUGCUUCCAACUGGGUACAUUCUGAGCACUGCGGAGCUCUUUCGCCAGGGGGAAGGGGAAGCCUGAGUGCAGGGAACAUGCAAAUCAGCUGGUUUUAGUAUAAUUGAAAGUAUUGCCCUUAAGAUAUGGAGUCCGUUAAUGAUUAGAGUGGGUCUGACGAAGAAGCCAUGGUGUAGGCAGACAUUUUGUCUCUCUCUUUUUGCAUCUAACCAGAGAAGAUUUGGGGGGGCAAAGGAGGCCAAAUUCAGAAAAAUCCCAUUACCGUAAUUCAGGAUAGAUUGUCCCAAUGUGGUGGUCCAGGAGCCUCUGAAAAGUGGACCAUGCAGCCACUCGUGAAUACCUGCAUCCCACCCCCUUGCAAUUUUUUUUUCAGGUGAAAAAGCCCAUUCAGAGUGAGGGCAGUGCUAGUUCAUACAUGAUUGCCUUCGCUCUCCACUGGCUUUGUGACAACGUUGAUUGUGAUUUACUCUGCAGCACCGUCAGGCUGCUGUGUGAUCCCUGCGUAAUCCCAAACUGGGUUAUUUUAUUUUUUUAAUGCUGUUGCAUUUUCAACCGAUUGCAACAAAAGAGAUGGGGGAGGGACAGAGGUCUUGCCUAUUUACAGAUGCCACCAGUUGACACCAUAUUUUGAAGAAAUCGCCAUGCUUUUGGCUGCUUUGCCAUAUGUUUAAUAAAUAACCUUUCCUCCAUGGGCCUACUUAUCAGUCCAUGUACAGUUUUGCUCAACAGCAUGCCCCUGGUCCAAAAGGAAACGUCAAAACUUGCCUCUUUUUCCUCUUCCAGAGUGGACAUGGCGGUCCCAACCCUGCCUCAAGUGCUCCUUUGUUCAGACCGGAGGAUGAGCUGGAACACCUGACCAAGAAGAUGCUGUACGACAUGGAAAACCCACCUUCCCAGGAAUACUUCGGUAAGCGCUCCAACCUCUCCCGUGUUCUGGUGGCAGAGAGUUCCACAAGCCAUUGGUGCAUGGUGCAAAAAAUAAAUAAAAUAGUUAGCUACCAGAGCCAAUGAACUUAGUCAUGCCCAUGAUACAGUUUUGUACAGUGGAGGCCCGUUGUCCCAGGGUGCAGGAGGGGUGGGGGGCAGCCAAAAAAUGAAAACAGAGAGGGGACGGCCCAGCGACAUUGACUCUAAUUUGCAUCGAACAUGUUUUCCCCAACCCCUCGGGGAUUCAGUGCUGCGGUAAUAGUAGCAGGCCAGAUAGCCGCCCACUAAUCGUAUCAUUAGGUCAAAUUUAGAAAGCUACAUCAGAGCAUAUUAAAAGUCGGUUGAGAGCAGAUAGGUUUUGAAUGCAGCGAUCUAAUUAACCUUACUGGAGAGCUCCAAGGCAUUGUAUUAAGUCAUGGAAAUAAUUUGUUCCAAAUAAUUACAUUCGAAAAGCCAGCAAGGAUCAUUCGGCGGGUCGGCCUCUGCUCAAAUGGUGGGCUGCUUGCUCCCAUCAGAGACUUUCCUUCCUCUCACAUCACGGGGGAUUCCCCCCCCCCCCCGUGUUGUGUUUCAGAUGCCCCCCAAAGGGGACUGUUGUGCUUGAGAGAUGGGUGGAAGCUCAUCCCUUUAAAAGGACCAUUUAUUUAGGGAUGCAGGCAUCCUGUCUCUCUGGGAACUGUGAGGUUUCAGGUCGUGGGUUGGGGCUGAAGUUCGUGGCUCAGGUGAGGAUGCUUGCUAAAGUUGGUUUCGGGAAAGAUGCUCAGGUGUUUCAGCGAUGGUUUGAGCACUCAGAAAGGCCAGUUAACUUUCAGGAUGAGUGUUGGGGCUUGAGCAGUUUCACAUGACCCCCGUCCUGCGCAGAGAGAGAGAGAGAAUGAGGGCAAUGUGGGGGGUUUUUGGGGUGUGUGGAGGGAAAUAAGCCAAAAGGGGUGGGAAAGAGGGGAAAAGCACUCCCCACACAGUCAGUACAGACCUCUGGCAAGGACAGAUUUUUCCCUCCCCUGGGCAGGAUGUGCUGGGCCCGGCGGUAGCCUGAGAAACGCGGUCCAGGUCCGAUCCUGAAUCCAAGGGUUCUGCGAGGAGUCAGUCCGACAGGGCCAAGGCAGGACACGAGGCAGGAAACCAGGCAAAGUCAGGUACAGGAUCUCAGGCAGGUUCUGGCAUACAGCAAUGUUGCUCCCGCAACCUGGGGUGGGGUCCGACAGCCUUUUAUCUUUGUCGGGGUAACGGCCGGUCCUGAUCCCCAGGCGACUUGCCUCCCUGUUUAGCCCACAGGUGAGCACUCCUCCUACAAGUACUCAGGUCUCUCCUUCUCUCAGACCUCAGUCUCUGCAGCUCGGGAGAUGUCAGGGGGGUUACUAGACCCAGGGGCCGCCUCAGCCUCCCCUGACCCAACCGGUAGUGGAGCAGCUGUAAGUGAUGGCCCAGCUGGAGGCAACAAGGUCAUCCCCGCAUCUGGAGCCAGGGCAGGCUCAGGCCCCUGACUCGGCCCAGCUGGUGUUUGUUGCAGGGGAACCUGUGCAGACUGGGACUCUUCAGGAUCAGGCCCCAGACUUGGUUCAGAUGAUGCCUGAGGAUCCGGUGCAGACUGAGUCUCCUCUGUUCCGAGUCCAAGCCCGAGUCCCAGGCCAUCACACAGGGAAGGAAUAGGGGUGAAGGAGAACAAGAGAGAAAAAGGGGGUGGCAGAAGGAGAGAAGAAGAAAAUGGGUGGGAGGAAGAGAAAGGGGGCAUCCUAGCCCUGCUCACCAGCAGCAGCAUGCAAGCCCCCCCCCCCAAUGUCUAAGCUCUCCUUCGACAUUCAGCAAUGCUUCUGAAUCCUGGUUGCUGGAAACCACUGGAAGGGAGAGGGCUCUCGCACUCGGAUCCUACUUGCAGGUCUCCCUUUUGGGUAUCCCUUUUGGCCACUGUGAGAACAGGAUGCUGAGCCAGGUGAGCCACGGGCCGGAUCCAGCAGGCUCUCCUUAAGUUCUUUCAUUCUCGGACGCCUGGUUCACACGUCAUGCUAAGCCGUGGCUUAGUUCACCAAAGCUAAUGUUGGCAGAGCACAUAGUUGAACUGUGGAACCCGCUGACACGGGAGGCAAGGAUGCUCACCAACUUGGAUGGCUUUGAAAGGAAGAUGAAGACAAAUUCAUGGAGGAAGUGAGGGCUAUCACUGGCUGGUCUAAUCUAGCAGGCUCUUUUUAUAUUCUUACUACCUAGGAAGAAAUGCAGUUCUUAACUGGGAGGGGGGAAACAUCCCUCAUUCCUGCCUUAGAUGCUCCCCCCCCCCAGUGGAAAUAAAGACACAAUUAGGUUAAUGGGAUAAAUAAGUCCACAACUUUAUUGGUUACAGGUGAUGAGUGAUAUUGGCUUAGGCAUCGGUCCUAACAGACUAUAUCCGGCUUCAGCCCGUCCGCUUGAAGUCCGGGAAGGGUUAACCACCAGUAGGGGGAGUCCUGCUGAUGCACAUCAACUAGGAACUCCCCCAGGGUCACCGCUCGGGGGGUGUGCCUUAGGCCCUCACCUCCCUUGGCUUCGGACAGGGCCACAUCCCCCGGAAUCCUUUGUCGGACUACCCUUCAAUAUGUGGGGCAGGUGAUGGCACUUCCUCCCCUCUUCCAUCUACAGAGCAAUACCAAUGCCUAACCGCCAAUACCCAGAAAGUUGUGACAAUUUGCUAUGAGGUAGGCGAAAAACCAAGUGGCUGGUGCAAAUUUGCCAAGUGGAAAAAUUCCGACCAAGCCCCUCAACGGCGACCAGUCAAGGUCCAUAGCAAGGUCAAGGAAUGGAAACCUUAUAGGGCGGGAGGGUGGCAAAACAGGAACAGCUGGCAGGCGGGGAGGCCACGUCCUGGUUUAAAUUGGGCAGGCCAUACUCCCAGAGCCAGCCGAUUGGCUGGCCAGGGUGUGAUGCGGCUGGGAAUCCCCCCAAUUGUGCAGGGCUGGGCUCUAGCUGCCGCGCAUGGUGGGGCCGUGAAGCCCGCAACUCCACCUCCUCUGUAGGGCGGAAGUGGCUUUCUCUUGCCUUUUGUCCUUCAGCACACCAAAGGAGUGUGACUGGUUCGCUUGCACUGGGUGCAAAGUCUUGGCAGCGCCACAGGGAACCGCAACUAUACUUUAGAACGGAGUGCAAGGGGGGUGGGGAAGCAAAUGUUGGUGUUGCCCAGGGCGCCGCUGAAAUUUGAGACCCCGAGGUCUGCCAUUGAACACACACCCUCCACCCAAACACCUCAGGUCUCUGCAGCACCCACACACCUUUCCAGGCUGCAAGCUGCCCACCCAGUCCACCCUCCCCAUUUCAUCUUGGAGGGUUGGAGGCUGAGCUCAGAAGCAGGGCAGCCCCGUGUCGCAUGGCUCCUGAGUCCUGCUUGUUCUUCCGUUUGAUGGAAAUGAGAGGCGACUCUCCUGGACAUUCGGGAUGGAGUCCGAGCCAAUACAAAUUAGAGGAGGAAAUUGCAUUAGCCCACCGACUUGUCAGCAUUGGGGAGGGGGUAUUCCACUUUGCUUUGGGAGCUGACAGCGAGCUACCGGGCAAGGAGGUGGGUGGUUGCAAGGCUGGAGCAUCGAUCAAGCGGUCAGGGUUUCGAAAGGCUGCUUAAGACCUUCCAGGGCCAGCUGCAGAUAUUUUGCUGCCUGACGGGAAGGACAGACGGUUGUCAUGCAGCCCCGACAAGUCACAAUCAGAACCCCAGCAGGGUUGCAGUCCGAUCUUACUUCAAGGCUGGUGUGAAGAACACAAGGACAUAAGAAGAGGCUGCUGGAUCAGGCCAGUGACCCAUCUGGUGCAGGAUUCUGGUCCCACGGUGGCCAACCUGCGGGAAACCUGCGAGCAGGAUCCGAGCGCAAGAACAACCCUCUUCAUUCCUGUGGUUUCCAGCAACUGCAGAUUGGGAGCCACAAGUGGAGCAAACUUCUUUGGCGUCUGCUGAGAUGCUGGGGGGGGGGGUGUCCUGAAAGAAUGAGUCUUGCUGGGGUUCUUGGGGGGCAGCCAUGACCAGGUGAAAGAGAAAUGAAAGAGCAUUGGCUUAUUAAUUCCAUGCCUUUUAUAACACCCUUCCAGGGGGCCUUAAAGCGGUGAAAAGAACCACUACAAAAGCAACAUAUCAGAGCAUAAGAAGACCAUGCAGGGUCUGGCCCAUGGCCCAUCUGGUCCAGCAUCCUCUUCUCAAAGUUUCUGAACAGAUGCCUCUUCUGGGAAGCCCUCAAGGAGGACCCGAGAAACUGGGGUCCAGUAACUGGCAUUCAGAAGCAUCGCUGACUCCAACAGUGGUCACAGAGCAGAGCUAGUAGCCAUCAAAAGCCCACUCCUCCCUGAAUUUCUCUGGCUGGCCACUGUGAGAACAGGAUGGUGGACUAGAUGGGCCACUUGAUUGAUCCUGCAGCCCCUUCUGAUGUUCUUAAGACCAUAAGAGUGGCUGUAGCAGGGAGGGGUCAGGCCAGAGAUUUGACUGCACUAAUUCAGAAUACUGGGGGGACUGGCACUUUUGAAAGUUCCCUGCCCCCUGUUAUAAAAUCCCUAUAAACAUACAGCUUACACACCAGGGAGGCAUGAAUGGUUUUCCAGCCCUUUGUGUUCUGUAUCUUUCUUGUUUUCCUAUAUGCUGGGACUUCUUAAGAUGGGGCAUUCCUAACUGUGAUAUCACACCUGCUGCUACCUGCGAAGAUUGGGCGUUGUGCCCCUGGGGCAGCUUUCUAGAGGAGAGGAGCCUCUACGUCUUGCAGAGCCCCCUCUGCAGAUGGCCCGGGGUGGGGCUGCAGCCCCCUGCUCUUCAGGGGGUCAGACAAUUCACCCUGUAAAGCUGAUGGCUAGGGCUGAUUUAGCAUAUGUGACGCCGGGGUGCAAAAAACUGCCCUGUGUCCCCAACUGGGGGGGCAGGCCAAAGUUGUUGAGCUUUUUAGGGUUGCACACAACUCUCUCCCAUGCCACACACAACUCUCUCGUGACGGCCCUUCAAUCCCAGGUGCGCAGAAGGGCAGAACUGGCCAGCUGCCUCAGCACCCUGUGCUGGUCCCGGGGGCUAACUGAGAAGCAAGGUCCGAGUCCAGGCUGAGGUCGAGGGUGCGGUAUGGAGGCCGUCCGUCAAAGCUGAAGCGGGGUCCAAGGCGGGGAGUCGGGUGGGGUCAGGAACUCUGGCAGAUGAGCAGGACAGGGUGCCGGCAGGAACAGGUUACCAACAACGUUGCUCCCGCAACCUGGGACUGGGGCUGGCUGGCUUUUAUCUGCCCCGAGGCAUAAGGCGGCCCGAUCCUCUGGUGACUCGCCUCUCCUGGCCUGGAGGCGAGCACUCCUCCUGCAGGAACUUAGCCUCUGCAGCUCAGGAGAGGCUGGAGGGUUACCGGGCCCAAAGGCAACCUCACCUUCCCCUGACGGGGCUGGGAGUGGAGCACCUGCAGGCAAUGGGUCCUCCAUCACCUCAGGAGCCAGAGCAGACUCAGCCGGUGCCUGCACCUGAGGAUCCAGCACAGGUGAGGACCCUUCAGGCUCAUGCCCCAGCCCCGGCUCAGCUGGUUCUGGAGGCGGGGACUCCUAUGCAGGCUGGGAUUCCUCAGGUUCAGCCUCCGAGUCUGAGUCCCAGGCCAUCACACACCCACAGCAAAAAGAAACCUGUGGCGCUCCGACGCACUCUGCUCCGCUCGGCAGCAGCUGUCGGCUGGCCUGGCUCUUCAAUCCCUGGACUCUCGACCUGUCGCCCCCGAGAGCCCUGCACCCCUAGCGCCUAUGGGUAAGCCAGCCCUGCUGCUGGCUAUUCAGUGCCUCCCAGGCUGGUCAUCGCUUUGUUUGAAGACCACCAGCCCUGACCCCACUUUCCUGCAUUGGCAAGGGGACAGAGUGUAUGCCCCCUGCCCAAAGGUGGUCCUGUGAUUCACAUGCGCCUGCGGUUGCUGAAGGAUCACUUUCCUUUGUGUGGAAACGAUCCGGAAGGGUUAAUCCCGGGACCAGAUAAGGGGCAGGGGGGAAAGAAGCGCUUGACAGCCACCAGAGGUUUUAAUUGAAUGUCGGUGCUGCUGGAAUUUGCUGUCGCACUCAGAACUCCGGAUAAUGCUCCAUUGUUAUGAAAACUGAUAAUCCAGCCUUAGCAAUAGGUUGUUUCUUUCAGCGUGACAAUCAGCUCUGUCAUUUUGGGGGUGAGCAUGUUUCCGUUGGGUGUAGAUUGUUCCCUACACUUAGUCUCUCUCUUCCCCACACUUCCACCCACACCUUUUCCCUUUUGAAAGGAGAGGGGGGGCGCCUUUUAGCUGCACUCGUUCUCAGAUAAUUUUGGAACGGUGCGGGAAUGGAGGAUGAGAUCUCGGAAGGCCACGGCAAAGGGAGAGGCAUUAGCAAUCAGAUGCAAUUUUGCGCGCUGAAUGAGUGCUUUGAUCAAGCGAUGUCUUUCAUAUCUCUCUCCUCCUAAAAUACAAAAUAUGCCGUAGUUGGAGUAUUUUGGGAUAAACCGAGCAGCAAACAUUUCUGCUCUGCAAAGAAAACUCAUCUGAAACAUCAACCCUGGGAAAUUACCUGGGAGUCACGAGAUCUUCUUGAACCUGACCAGGUGGGAAGCAGGCAGUCUGUGGCCUUGCCCUGUUGAAUCACAAAAUCCUAGAACUGUAUAGUGAAAAGGGAUCCAAAGGGUCAUCUGCCCCCGCAAUGAAGGAAUAUUUUGCCCAGCCACCUGCAAAGCAAUUCAGGCCAGGAGCUGGCAGGGAGGGGCAUUGUCACCCCGCCAACAUCCCAGCAGAGGCAUCACUGCUUUUUACCCAGAGGGGCAAGGAGGUUGGUACUGUUCAGGAACACUGGUGAGACCACCACUUUGGCCCUGCAGGGGUACUCACACAGCACCCCCUCCCUAAUGCCUCACCCCCCUUCCUCCCAGAAAGCAACAGCAAAAGAAGCUAAAUGCUGGAAGAUUCGGGACAGACAAAUGAAAGUGCUUCUCCACAAAGUUAAACUGUGGAACUCUCUCCCACUGGAGGCAGCGGAUGUCUUUAAAAGAGGAUUGAAGGAGGAGGGCUACAAAGCAGAAUGGCUGUGCUGUGUCUCCACGGUUUGAGGCAGCGAUGCUUCUCAAUAUCAGUGGCUGGAAACCGCAAGAGGAAAGCGUUGCCCUUGUGUUCGAAUCCUGCUUGUAUGCUUCGCUUUGCUGCGAGAACAGGAUACUGGGUUUGAUGGGCCAUGGACCCAAUCCAGCAGGCUCUUCUUACUUUCAUAAGUCUACAGGCCUCCCAGCUCUACUGAAAGCCUUCAUAGAAUCACAGAACAGAGUUGGAAGAGACCAUGAGGGUCAUCUAGUCCAACCCCAAUGAAGGAAUUUUUUGGGUCCAGUGUGGGGCUCAAACCCACGACACUGAGCUUAAGGCCCUGGUGCUCGAGCUGUCCCAGCUCAGCUUGACUUCUGUGACCGCAUUGCAUAGUUAAAACAUUCAACAACAACGAGAAGAAAGGCAGACCCAACGCUGCUCUCUUUCCCCCUCUUCGCAGAACUCCGUGUCCCAACUAUUCUUAUCCCUCACCGUCAAAUGGCUGUCGUGAGCAGAAGGUCUUAAAAGAUUAAAGUGUGGUCACCGGUGGCCUUUGACCGGAAGGGAAAUCCAUAAGAGCAAAGCUCUGUGUAUGUUGGUGCGACACGCACCGUAGCCGGGAUUCGGGGCGGGCGAGGGUUCGACAAGGACCAGGAACGGAAAUCUUGUUAGGCUGCUGACUAGAAACGCUGUUCUGUCAUCGAUAUUUCUUCAUUAGGAAUAAUGAUUUUUCCACGUCCGCUGCCAGUGGGUUCCCGGCCGUCCAAAAGCCGGGAUGUGCCAUGAAUCUCUAAAGCGCACUUAUUGGAGGGACUCCGAAAGCGGCGAGAAUUCAGAAGGCGGCGAGGGAGGGGGGCAGGUUGCACGCACUGCGCCGCCGCAGGAACAGCGGUUAUUGAUGGCACCUGUGGGAGCCCUUAUUUCAGUCUGAUGUAUUUACAUAAGAAAGACGUCCUGGCUCAAAGACGCCGUGUUCUGUUUCUCCAGCUCUCCGUCAUGUAUCGCUCUGCAGCAGCGGCGGGGGCUCUGGGGAGCGGCGGAAGCAGGCGCAUGUAACCGUGAUGAAGGCAUCUCCUUGCAAGCCAAAGAAGCAGGGAGGGGUGGCUUUGGCUGCUGCAUCAUCUCAGAGUUUUCGUCCGUUCCUUCCAAUGCCUCGCCUGACCUCUUAAGAACAGUGCUUGUUGUUGUUUAGUCGUUUAGUCGUGUCCGACUCUUCGUGACCCCCUGGACCAGAGCACGCCAGGCACUCCUGUCUUUUCCAGGGAGUUUUCAUCAGGGUCUUUUCCAGGGAGUUUUCUCUUCUCAUGAGGGGGCCAAAGGCUUGGAGCCUCAGCUCAGGAUCUGUCCUUCCAGUGAGCACUCAGGGCUGAUUUCCUUAAUAAUGGAGAGGUUGGAUCUUCUUGCAGUCCAUGGGACUCUCAAGAGUCUCCUCCAGCACCAGAAUUCAAAAGCAUCCAUUCUUCGGCAAUCAGCCUUCUUUAUGGUCCAGCUCUCACUGGACCAGAACAGUGAUAUCAUUGAUUAAAUUGAUGUGCCCCCAUCCUUCAGAAAAUCACAGGGCAGUUUAGAAUGCAACAACGUAAGGAUAGCAUGCUGGAUCAGGCCACAGGGCCUUCUUGCCCAGCAUCCUCUUCUUACAGUGGCAAGCAGGACCAGAGCUCAAAAGAAACUCUCACCUUCCUCUGGUUUCCUGCAAAUCUACUUCGGCCCUUCAAAGGAGGUGGACUAGUGGGCUCCACGGCCCCCCUGCGCGAUUGGAGGGAUUCCAAGCCGCAUCACCUCCUGGCCAGCCAAUCGGCUGGCUCUGGGGGUGUGGCCUGCCUUAUUUAAAGCAGGACCCGGCUGGGGAUCUCCCUCUUUUCCGCCUGCCAGCUGUUCCUGCUUUUCCCACGCUCCCGCCCUAUAAGGUUUUCGUUCCUUGACCUUGCUAUGGACCUUGGCUGGUUGGUCACCGUUGAGGGGCCUGGUAGGAAUUUUUCCACUUGGCAAAUUGGCACCAGGCCCUCAGUUUUUGCCUACCUCAUAGCAAAUCAUCACAACUUUCUUGGUAUUGGCGGUUAGGCAUUGUUAUUGUUCUGCAGUUGGAAGAGGGGAGGAAGCGCCAUCACCUGCCCCACAUAUUGAAGGGUAGUCCGGUAAAGGAUUCUGGGGGGGCGUGGCCCUGUCCAAAGCCUAGAGAGGUGAGGGCCUAAGGCACGCCCCCUAUUGCUAACCCCGGGGGAGUUCCUAGUUGAUGUGCAUCAGCCGGACUCCCCCUACUGGUGGUUAACCCUUCCCGGACUUCAAGCGGACGGGCUGAAGCUGGAUAUAGUCGGUUAAGAACGGCUAAGGGAGCUGGGCAUGUUUAGCCUGGAGAAGAGGAGGUUAAGGGGUGAUAUGAUAGCCAUGUUCAAAUAUAUAAAAGGAUGUCACAUAGAGGAGGGAGAAAGGUUGUUUUCUGCUGCUCCAGAGAAGCGGACACGGAGCAAUGGAUCCAAACUACAAGAAAGAAGAUUCCACCUAAACAUUAGGAAGAACUUCCUGACAGUAAGAGCUGUUUGACAGUGGAAUUUGCUGCCAAGGAGUGUGGUGGAGUCUCCUUCUUUGGAGAUCUUUAAGCAGAGGCUUGACAACCAUAUGUCUGGAGUGGUCUGAUGGUGUUUCCCGCUUGGCAGGGGGUUGGACUCGAUGGCCCUUGUGGUCUCUUCCAACUCUAUGAUUCUAUGAUUCUAUGAUUCUAUGAUUCUAUGCCUAAGCCAAUAUUGCUCAUCACCUGUGACCAAUAAAAGUUGUGGCCUUAUUUAGCCCAUUAACCUUAAUAAUUGUGUCAUGUGUCAUUUCCACUGAUGGGGGUGGGAACUCGCCAUACAAAGAGGCUUGUUGAGAAGCAUUGCUGUCUCUGGCUGCAGAAGAAGAGCAGAGCCAUUGCGGCUAUUAUCCACCGACAGCCCUCUCUCCUCCAUGAAUUUGUCUAAUCCUCUUUUAAAGCCAUCCAAGGUGAUGGCCAUCGCUGGCUCCUGCAGGAGGGAGUUCCACAUUUAUUCAUUCAUUCAUUCAUUCAUUCAUUCAAUUAUUUAUACCCCACCCAUCUGUCUGGGUUUCCCCAGCCACUCUGGGCAGCUUCCAACAAAAGAUUAAAAUACAAUAUCAAAUAUUAAAGACUUCCCUAAACAGGGCUGCCUUCAGAUGUCUUCUAAAAAUCAGAUAGUUGUUUAUUUCUUUGACAUCUGAUGGGAGGGCAAUCCACAGGGCAGGUGCCACCACCGAGAAGGCCCUCUGCCUGGUUCCCUGUAGCUUUGCUUCUCGCAAUAGGGGAACCACCAAAAGGCACUCUGUGCUGUGUGAAGAAGGACUUUUAUCUGCCCCGAACCUUCCAGCAUUCAGCUUCUUUGGGUGUCCACGAGUUUUAAUGUUAUGGGAGAAAUUACUGGACUGGACUUCGUCAUGUUCAUUCAUAUCAGCGGGUCCUCUCUGCGUUAUACUUACUUGAAUGCCACCCUCUAUAAACAUGAAAUAGGUAAAGGGACCCCUGACCAUUAGGUCCAGUCACAGACGACUCUGGGGUUGCGGCACUCAUCUCGCUUUACUGGCCGAGGGAGACAGCAUACAGCUUCCGGGUCAUGUGGCCAGCAUGAUGAAUCUGCUUCUGGCGAACCAGAGCAGCGCACGGAAACGCCGUUUACCUUCCCGCCAGAGCGGUACCUAUUUAUUUACUUGCACUUCAUGCUUUAGAACUGCUAGGUUGGCAGGAGCAGGGACUGAGCAACGGGAGCUCACCCCGUCACAGGGAUUCGAACCGCCAACCUUCUGAUCAGCAAGUCCUGGGCUCUGUGGUUUAACCCACAGCGCCACCCGCGUCCCAAACAUGAAAUAGAAGUUUACAAAAAUCUAGAAAUAAAGCAAUAAAAAUGAAAAUGAUAUGCAAAACUCAAUAGAAAAUCCACAUUUAAAUCAGACUAAUGAAUGGGGGUGGGGAGUUCUAGGAUGCAUUAAAGUUUAAAAUAGAAAAGAAAUGCAAAUGCACAGUAAAAAUAAUCCACAUAUAAACCACCAUUAGCAAUGUAACAAACUAACUGAGAUAGCAUCCUUUUCAUGCAGAAGUUCCUGUUCUUUGAGACGCUCAGAAUCUCCUGGUUGGUCUCUGUUUGAAAGCAGGAGACUUUACCAAGCAACCCCUUUGGUUGACCCAGAAGGGCACUUCUGACAUUCAUUUUAUUUAAAAAAAACUUUUUUUUAAUUGUUAUUCUCUAAAUUUCCUCAAGCAUUCCUCCAAAAUCCAUUGUGAAAACCUGUGCAUACAUCGCAACCUAUAACACUGGACAUCUGUAAAAUAUGUCCACGGGUUAGUAUAAACCUUUGGGGGCUGGCCUUUAGUUUGUUGUAGAAUUUGUGAAUGAAAGGUGUCUCUCUGCUUUGUUCCUCUUAAAUUGUGGGUCAUUUUUUUCAGUCAGGGCCUCCCGUGGGAGCGAGUUCCACAGUUUUAACUAUGCGCUGCAUUUUAUUUCACUUUUAAUCUGCAUACCGCCUUUCUAUAUUGCUAUGCACAAGGCCAUCUACAAGCUGAAGAAACAGCAAAGAUCACACACAUAAUAAACAAUCUGUUCCGAUACAAAAAGGCAAACAGUAAAAUUAAAUACUAGCAAAUAAUAAUUAAACAGUUUACACUUCUCAGUUUUUACUAAACUGUUGUUGUGGUUGUUGUUUAAUUGUUUAGUCGUUUCUGCCUCUUCGUGACCCCCUGGACCAGAGCACGCCAGGCACUCCUGUCUUCCACUGCCUCCCGCAGUUUGGUCAGACUCAUGUUUGUAGCUUCGAGAACACUGUCCAACCAUCUCGUCCUCUGUCGUCCCCUUCUCCUUGCGCCCUCCAUCUUUCCCAACAUCAGGGUCUUUUCCAGGGAGUCUUCUCUUCUCAUGAGGUGGCCAAAGUCUUGGAGCCUCAGCUUCAGGAUCUGUCCUUCCAGUGAGCACUCAGGGCUGAUUUCCUUCAGAAUGGAUUGGUUUGAUCUUCUUGCAGUCCAUGGGACUCUCAAGAGUCUCCUCCAGCACCGUAAUUCAAAAGCAUCAAUUCUUUGGCGAUCAGCCUUCUUUAUGGUCCAGCUCUCACUUCCAUACAUCACUACUGGGAAAACCAUAACUUGAACUAUACGGACCUGUGUUGGCAAGGUGAUGCCUCUGCUUUUUAAGAUGCUGUCUAGGUUUGUCUAAACUGUAAUCAGCAAAAAUAACUGCAAGUCACAAUGCAUGAAGUCCUUUCUUUUCUCUGUCCUGAAUCUUCCCAUAUUCCGCUUCAUUACUUGUCCACAAGUUCUAGUAUUAGCCAAGAGGGAGGAGAACUUUUCCUGAUGUGCUUCCUCUGUGACGGGUCUAAUUUUGUAAACUUCCGCCCUGCCUCCUCUUCCUCCAGCUAAUGACCGCUCCCCACAUUAAAUGGGAGGCGCACUUUGCGUGGUCGCACGCAGCCCCUGAACCUAUGUGGCACCAUUAGCACAGGCUUGGCUUCGCCUCCCCCCAGGUGGGAUACCUGGAGGUCUCCACCCACCUCAGUCAGUUGUCCAAUCCCGCCUGGGGAAGCGUUGCCAAGGUGAUCAGGCCAGGUAGGGGGAAGGACCACCUGCCCACACAAUAGAGGGAGGAUCUUACCUGGGAAUCGCCAUUUGGCUCCAGGGCUUCUCCCACCCUCCCCUCCCUCAGUUAAGACUUCUUUUGCAGGUUAACCUUUUCUCCACAGGUACGCAGGCGCUGCUACGUCAAGGUCACUGUUCAAGGGCUGGAAAGGAAUUCCCCUGCAUUGGCAGGUUUGCCUUUCCCGUAGCAAAACGUCACAACUUUCACGGUAUCAGGCCUUGGGUGGAAUUCUUUAGUCUAUCUUCCCUGAAUUGGAGGGGUGUGCAGUGGUGACACACGCCCCCCUCCUCUUUGUGGCAGCAAUACCAGGGUUCCCUGUUAAAGGGGUUGUUUGAGGGGAGGCACCUAGAGGUCGUCAUUGCUCUCCCCUGUGACAACGGCAUAACGGGGGCAGACUGUUGGGAAACUGUGUAUGUGCAGCUACUCACACAGAGUCAGUUAAGGUUUGGAAGACAGUCAGAAGGCAAUCUGAAGGAGUAAGUCUGCCUGAUGAUAACAGACAUGCAGACAGCUCCCUGAUUGGUCAAGCUCUCUCAAGGGAGUGAUAAUUAAUGGCCUACUAACUGGAUUGUGUUAGUUCAGUAUUCAGUGUUCAGAGUUCUGUGUGUCAGUGUAGGAGUUGUGAGUUGUGUGAGAGAGAGCUAGCGAAAGAUCCGUGUUCUGUUCCUGUAAAUAGUCCACUGUAUAGAAUAAACACCUAACUACAAGUUCCUGGUUCCUGCUUCAUCUAGCCUGCCUGCAGCCAAGUCGCCAAUUGCUUCCGUGGAUUCUGCGUGUACUCUGCUAGGUCUGGCUAAGGUCCUGCAACUAGUCAGAAAGUUGCGAAACACCAAAUAGGUUUUGUCAAUACAGACUCUCUCUGCUUGAACAUAUGUUCUCCAGAGCCAGCCCAUCCCCCCCCCCCACACUUGGAUAACCCUGAUGUUCCCCAGAUCCCCGGCAGGGGACUGGGAGGGAUAAACGCCCAAUGCCUGAGCCAAGGUCUACCCACAUCUGAAACAUAAUAAAGUUGUGGCCAAUUUUAAUCCCAUGCCACGUUGUCUUGAGUCGUUAUUCCACUCGGGGGCCGCCCGGGGUUUGGGGGACUCCGCCUGUCCAUGCAGAUCCAGUUGAUGCCCCCUUACGUUCCCAUGGGGGUCUCCUUCGCAGCCAAGCGCCAUGAGUGGCCCCUAACGCCAGGCCCCUCUCUGCCCUCCAGGUCGCUGUGCCCGCUGCGGGGAGAACGUCGUGGGAGAAGGAACCGGCUGCACCGCGAUGGACCAGGUCUUCCACGUGGAGUGCUUCACCUGCGUGACCUGCGGCAACAAACUGCGGGGCCAGCCCUUCUACGCUGUGGAGAAGAAAGCCUACUGCGAGCCCUGCUACAUCGUAAGUGUCCCCGACCGCUCUCUGCUUCUGGCGGAGCUGGGUGUUCGUUCAUUGUGUUUCUAUCCUGCCUUUUCCUUGAAGGACCUCGUGGCUGUCCCCCUCCUCAUUCAGUCCUUACGACAACCCUGAGAGGUAGGCUUGGCUGAGAGGCAGUGAGCGGUAGCCAAAGCCACACCCCAUUGAGCUUCAUGGCCAAGUGGGGUUUCGAACUCCAGCCUCUCCCAGGUCUUAGUCCAGCGCUCUAACCACUCCACUCCACUGACAGGUGUCUCUUCGGAUUCAGGAAGACCAUUUGUAUGUUCUGUGUCUCUCUGAUUCUCGAGUCCCCACUUACACCAGGGGUCUCCAUGUGAGAUGUACCUGCCCCUGGGGUGCAGUGGGAUUAUCUUUGGGGUGCACCAAGAUGCAAGGGGGUGGCACAGGACACUGGAGGUCAUACCUGUCGAUGUCGAUGCUCAUUGGCUGUCUGGAGGACUCAGGUGUGAGGAAUUUUCUGAGGAAUUCAUUUCUGGGAAUCCCCAAAGCAUAUGCUGCUUUGCGUCCAGCUAAGCUACUUGGAUAAAGUAUCUCCUUUGACCCAGAUGACAAACGCCUAUUUAUUGCAUUUCUAGCCAACCUUUUUCUCAAUAAAGAGCUCAAGGCAGUGCACCUAGUGCUCCUAAACCCCACAUUUUAUCCUCGCGGCCACCCUGCGAGGUCAGUUAGCCUGAGAGUGAGUGACUGGCCAGAGGUCUCUUCCAUUUCUACAAUUCUAUGAAGUCAUGGACUUACACCUUUCUGGAGCAAAAGGGGACCCUUUGAUGGAUUCCUCUUUAGCAUGUGUUUUGGGUAGGUAAGCCAACCCCACCCUUUGCACAACAGAAGAGUCAAGAAACCCACUUUAUAUGGUGGUCAGGAAGGGGAGACCACGCAGCAGUGUCAAAGUCAAGUCCCGUAGCCUCUGCUUCUCUUACCCUUCAGCAUUAGAUAAAAAUUUACAGCAACGUAAAACUAAACGUUUAUGGUCAGCCUCAUUGCAUUUAUGUUUCUUACUGGAAAAGAAGGACAAUUUCUUUGGGAGGAAGGUUCCUGGGGAAGCUGACUUUAUUUCACUUUCAUUUCAUUGGCCAAGGUGGGAAGGAAGGACGUUGUGCAACUUCAAUCCCAAAGAGAAAGACUAUGUAGGAAUGUGGCAGAGCUUGGCAUGCAGAAGGCCUCACAUUCAGCUCUUCCCAUCUCUGGUAGUAGAGGUGGAAAAGACCUGAUGUCCCAGAGAGGUCAGAAAGGAGAGCAAACUACGCAAGGAGUCCUGUGAGUCAUUGAGCCCCUGCCCCACUUGGCCAGUGGACGUUCAUAAAAUUUGGGAAAAGCCCAAAAUUUAUCUCAAAUCCCGGUCAGUCCUCAAGUUCAAUCCCAGUUCAAAUGAUCUUGGGUUGGCAGACAUCUGAGAAAGACAUCUGAAGCCACCUAUCAGAUUGGACAAGUUGGGGUUACAAGGACCAACCUCCUGACUUGGUUUCAAGUAUCUUAACAAAGCUGUUCCCCUGUGUUGUUUGGAGGACAGGCCUGUCACUCACAGGAUAGCACCUCCCUCUGGCUGAGAUAGACAGGAUCUAGCAUCUUUAGAGCCCUAUCCCAGGGGAAGGACCUUCGCACCCCCAGAUCCUGCCUAGGACCUUUUAGAAGAGCCUGGGAUCAGCCAGGGGGACAUUGUAGCUACGCAUGAACCACUGCAAUUGUGGGAGGGGGAUUUAGCAAUGAUGUUUUGUGCCCGCAUCACCCCUAUGUUAGGAAUUAGGUCACUGGCCUUACAAAUCCAAGGAAGGGGAGGUCGGUAUUUCCUGCUUCCCCAGAUGAGCAACUUGGAGGGAGAUCAGAUUCAGGACCAUGGAUAGUUCACCUGCAGCUGAGACUAAACAUCUAUGUUGUCUCAGCAAGGUUCUGAGUCUUCUUCUGGUUCUCCUCCUCCUCUGCUUCUAGUUCUCCUCCUCCUCUCCCACAACAGCAUAAGAAUAGCCUGCUGGAUCAGGCCAAUGGCCCAUCUAGUCCAGCCUCCUGUUCCGACAGUGGCCAGACAGAUGCCGCUAUGGGAAACCAGAAAGCAGGCUUUGAGCACAAGAGCAACCCUCUCCCUUCCUGUGGUUUCCAGCAAUUGGUAUUCAGAAGCAUUUCUGCCUCUGACUGUGGAGGGGUUAGUAGCCAUCAAUAGCCCUCUCCUCCAUGAAUUUGUCUUAUCCUCUUUUGAAGCCAUCGCUGCCUCCUGUGGCAGUGAGUUCCAUAGUUUAACUUCCUUUUGUUGUUUUAUGCUGCUGCAAGGCCGAGGAUCGGCCCUAUUACCACUCCCUACCAGCAGCUCACUUCAGUCGCAGCCUUUCCUUGAGCUUCAUACCUCUCAAAAAAAGCUCCACUGCAUCUCUACGGCUGGGUGGUCUCCAUCCCUGGAGUGCUACUUCCUGGCCAGUUGAAAAGUCUUCUUCUGCAGCUGUUGGCUCCUUUGGGGCUAAUGGAGUUUCCAACUGUGAGGCAUCUCUCCCCAAGAUGACUGUGGACCAGCCAUCACAAGAGUCUCCUUCAGGCACAAGGAAGGGGAGGCAGUUCUCAUGUCCCACAUGAGAUGGACCAGGGCAUCCUUCUCCUCAGAGCUACAGUUUCCAGAGGACUCUGUCUUGGAGGAGGCCUGGUGUAGGGUCACGAUCCUGCGCUUGCGAGAGCGGGGAAAUCUUUCAAAGGGAAAGGGAGACCCUCCCUCCCGUCUCGCCCUGAAUCUGCCAUAGUUUUGAGGUGCAUCUGCCUCAGGCAGCCCAAUAAUGGUUUUGAGAUUAUUUAAUCUCAUUACUUACGCACUUCAUUAGCCUGAGUGAAUUGCUGGCAAAGGUUCAGUAAGCUUCCUCCGUUCGGAGAUAAAAGGAUGAGCAAGAAAAAGCAAGAGGAUCCUCGUCCUCUCGCCCGCUUUCAGAUUUAUCAUCUAAUCUUUGUUAAAGCAUAAAAGAAUGGUAAUUGGCCGGCGGCGUGAGCCUGAUCCUCAGCGCGGCUUUGAGCGCUGGAGGGGCAGGAUGACAACCCUCGUCGAGCACAAUUGUCCCAGAGCACCGCAAGGACAUCUUGCAAGCAACCACCGAGGGUCCCCAGGGGCUCCAGAAAGCUAGCGACAUUUAAGAACAACCGGACAUUCAAAAGAAAUGCAAAUACAAAAUAGAAUAAUAGAAAUGUGGAGUUGAAAGAGGUCCACGAGGGUCAUCAACCCUCUGCAAUGCAGAGAUCUCAGCUAAAGCAUCGGUGACAGAGGGCCACCCAACCUUUGCUUGGAAGCCCCCAUGGAAGGACUUUCCAUUCCACCGUCAAACAGCUCUCACCACCACAAAGUUCUUCCUAAGGUUUAGUUGGAAUCUUCUUUCUCGUAACUUGAAUCCAUCGGUGGUGAGUUGAACCUCCGGAGCAUUUGAGGGAUUAACUAUUCAUCAGUUAAACAUCAGGAAUAACUUCCUGGUGGUAAGCACAGCAGAACAGACUUGGUCAAAAGGAGGCAGACUCUCCUUCCUUGGAGGUUUUUAAGCAGAGGUUGGAUGGCUAGCUGAGAUUUUUGCAUUGCAAGAGAUUGAACUAGAUGGCCUUUGGGGUAUUUGAAGAUCGGUGUCAUACGAACUUUCAGUCUCCUCUCCUGCAGGCUUUGUUGUUGUUUAGUCAUUUAGUCGUGUCCGACUCUUCAUGACCCCCUGGACCAGAGCACGCCAGGCACAUCUGUCUUCCACUGCCUCCCACAGUUUGGUCAAACUCAUGCUGGUAGCUUCGAGAACACUGUCCCACCAUCUCGUCCUCUGUCGUCCCCUUCUCCUUGUGCCCUCCAUCUUUCCCAACAUUAGGGUCUUUUCCAGGGAGUCUUCUCUUCUCAUGAGGUGGCCAAAGUAUUGGAGCCUCGGCUUCAGGAUCUGUCCUUCCAGUGAGCACUCAGGGCUGAUUUCCUUAAGAAUGGAUAGGUUUGAUCUUCUUGAAGUCCAUGGGACUCUCAAGAGUCUCGUCCAGCACCAUAAUUCAACUCCUGCAGGCUAAACAUGCCCAACUCCCUUGAUCAUUCCUGAGAAGGAAUGUUCUGAUGAAUGUUCAGAAGGUGGUGCCUGAUGUUCUGUGGGUUCAACAGCCAAGAGCCCCUUACUGAGACCCACCCUCUUCUCCCUGGGUAGGGAAGGAAAAGGAAUCGGCGUAAAUCCAACACUCCUUUCCCCAAACGCAACUCUGGCCUUGAACUAGACGGGGAAUUGGUUGCUUAGGAUGAAAAGCAGGACAACGGCCGUGGGCCAGCCCUGCGUGGUUUGCAUUGCAAAUGCUAAAUCUUCUAAUGCGUUUCCAAUUAUCUGGCCUGCACCUUCGCUCAGUCUCUCUCCGUUUGCCAUUAUUCAUAUCGUAUGAGAAGCCUUGCUGGUCUCUUCUGCCCCUCUCUGCCUCCCCCAGGAUGCUAAAACGGUCUCACAAAUAACCUGGGGUGGUGGUAGCAGAAACAUGUCCGUGUCGCCAUGUGGGACGAGGAAUGUGUGAAUCUGUGCAUCUCAGUUUCUCUCUGUUUCUCAUUUUUUCAAAGUUCAACUUCUUCGCACCAACUAGCAAUUUCUAUUGUAUUUCUUUCAACAACCAAAAAACCCUUUAGAAAUCAGCCUUUUAGUGCUGAUGUCUCCUAACAGACAGGCAUUUACAUGCAAUUGUGUCUAAUAUACAUGUUUUCGCAAAGCAAGUAUACACACUUUGCUAUAAUAGGUGCAUUUCUGCUGGAGAACUGCGCUGCAAAAUUCAGAGAAGUCUGUGUUUCAAAAUGUGGCAAAAUCGGUGACAGGACACCCAGAGAGAGAGAGGGAGGAGAGGAGAGGAAGGAUUGAGAGAAUGCAGUGCAAUGACUAGCAGGGCAAUCCUGCUUGUGUCUACUCAUCAGUAAGUCCUAUUGUGGGCCAGGUAAGUGGGGUUAGGAUUCCAGCCUAAGAGAGAGAGCUCGGAACCAGACAGUCCAGAUCUCGCCUAGAACUUAAGCACACCAAGAGGCCCAAAGUUGAGAUUCCUGCAUUGCAGGGGGUUGGACCUUAUGGCUCUCAGGAUCCCUUCCAACUAGAUUUCCACCACCAGCAGCAGCAAACCUGUGCCUACCACCUGUGCCCAUUGUUGCGGCAUUUAUGCCCUGCCCUUUAGCCAAAGUAGGAUGGGGAAGGACUUUCAGGAAAGCUCGCAUAAUUUUUUUGAUUCUCUGUAAGGAUAGCCCAAGCACCAUUUUUUCAAUUGGAAAAACCCGCUGCCUGUGAAGGCACUCAAGAGCAGAGCAGAGAUAUUAUUAUUAUUAUUAUUAUUAUUAUUAUUAUUAUUUCAAGAGCAGAGCAGAGAUAUUAUUAUUAUUAUUAUUAUUAUUAUUAUUAUUAUUAUUAUUAUCAAUAAUACCCCACCCAUCUGACUGGGUUUCCCCAGCCGCCCUGGGUGGCUUCCAGCAGAAUAUUAAAAUACAAUGCUUCAUCAAAUAUUAAAAGCUUCCCUAAACAGGGCUGCCUUCAGAUGUCUUCUAAAAAUCCGAUAGUUGUUUAUUUCUUUGACGUCUGAUGGCAGGGCAUUCCACAGGGCGGGCGCCACCACAGAGAAGGCCCUCUGCCUGAUAACCAAGGGGAGAGGCAGGGAGGUCCCUCUUCCUUUCCCCAUCCAUCGGUUUUCUGCCCCAGUUGCUUCCCUCUUCCCCGUGGGGUUUCCCAUCGUUUCCUACUCUUCCAGCUGCUCAGCUCAACCCUACCAGAAGCAGAUUUUCCUGAUUGAAAGGGACCUUUCAUCACCCACCAUUUCUGUACCGCGUGUCGUCUCCAGUUCCUUUCCCCUCCCAGCCCAUGUGCAACAUGGGCAGUCGUAGAUUCACAAAAACGCAGGAAUCACAGCCAUAGAAUCUCUGACAGAUGGCCGUCCAACCUCUGUUGAAAAGUCUCCAAUGAAGGAGAGUCCAGCACUGACCUGUCGGCAUGCAGAGGUCCGGGAGGCCAGCUGGCUAGCCCCGGCCGGGCUGUUCCCUUCCAGCUGUCCUGCUGCAUGGACCAUCGGCCUCUGCUCCAACGGAAAUCAGCAACCCAGGCUUCAAAGCCAGGGCACACUAUCGGCAGAUCGAACUGCGCACCCAGAAUAGGCGUGAGGCUUGUGGAAGCAUACUACAACUACAGAUUUAUUCAUCAUAAAUCAGGACAAAGAAACAUGUAGCCUCUUUCUCAUGUCGUCUCAGAGAGAACAGCUAAAAGCAAAAGCUAUACACAAUGGAAGUUCCCAGCAUACUGUGCUGGAAUGUAAACAGGCAUGUGACACGUAAGAAUCCCAUGUCUGUUUCUUAAGGUGGAAUGGAAAUGUCAACAUGACCUCCCUUGCAAGAUUGUUGUAAAGACAACUCUAGUCAUGCAAGCAAAGGGCUUUGAACACCACAAAGCCCCGAGCCCCUCUAGACAUCAUUUUCUAUGGAGCUUUCAUGACGAUUUGUGUCUGUGAUGCUGUCAGGACAGUCAUACGUUGACUCCGGUUUCUUCUUCUUUUUUUGAAUAUAUAUUUCAGUGGACAAUUUUAGCAAACAAAUUAUCAAUCAACAUAACCAUUUACAUUCUCCCCUUUUUUUCUCCCUCCCCCUCCCCCCCCCAGCACUUCCCUCAGCUCCCCUCCCUGGUUUCUUUGCACAUAUUAUCCACUGCAUAUUAUAAAAUUGUACAUAUCAUUGCCUUAUCUAUCAUAUAUUCAACUGGGAACUUUGUGAAUGUUUAUUCAAAACCUGCCAAGGAGUCCAAGCCAUUUUGUUGUCUUUUUGGAUAAUUUGUAAAAAGGUCCCAUUCUUCCUUGAAGUCACGGUUGUCCUUAUUACGCAGUUUGUAUGUCAACUUAGCCAAUUCUGCAUAGCUCAAUUUUUCUUGCCACUGUUCUUUCGUUGGGAUUUCCUCAUUCUUCCAUCCUUGUGCUAACAAGAAUCUUGCCGCUGUUGUAGCGUACAUAAAUAGAUUCUUUGUUUUUUGGCAGGUCUUGUCCUACAAUCCCUAACAAAAAUGCUUCAGGUUUCUUUAUAAAUGUCAUUUUAAACAUUUUUUUUUCAAUUCAUUGUAUAUCAUUUCCCAAAAAUUUUUAACUUCUCUACAUUCCCACCACAUAUGAUAAAAAGUACCUUCUUUUUUACAUUUCCAGCAUAUGUUUGACCCGGUUUUGUACAUUUUUGCUAUUUGUACUGGUGUGAUAUACUAUCUGUACAUCAUUUUCAUAUAGUUUUCUUUCAAAAGAGAACAAUCUGUAAAUUUCAGAUCUACUUUCCACUGUGGAUAUGUUGAUUCCAGUUUAAAUGUCGUUUGCAUCUGCAAAAGUUUCAGGGGAGACAUACCGCUUCAUUUCCAAUCAGUUCAUGCCUGCGUAACUUUUUGCUGAAAUCCCAUAACUCUUCAUGCCAGAAAUGUUCUGCUUUUGGGUAGGUGAAGUCAUCCUGCCUUGGUUGCGCUAUAGCACAAGAGUGCAUCUCCGGACAGCAAUAAUCUAGUAUCGCUGGGGAGUUGGAACGGCUAAUAAAGCAGAAUAAGGUGCAAUAUGAUUCCAUUAGGGACGUGGGUGGCGCUGUGGGUUAAACCACAGAGCCUAGGACUUGCCGAUCAGAAGGUCAGCAGUUUGAAUCCCCGCGACGGGGUGAGCUCCCGUUGCUCGGUCCCUCUCCUGCCAACCUAGCAGUUCGAAAGCACGUCAAAGUGCAAGUAGAUAAAUAGGUACCGCUCCAGCGGGAAGGUAAAGGGCGUUUCCGUGCGCUGCUCUGGUUCGCCAGAAGCGGCUUAGUCAUGCUGGCCACAUGACCCGGAAGCUGUACUCCUUCGGCCAGUAAAGCGAGAUGAGCGUCGCAACCCCCGAGUCGGUCACGACUGGACCUAAUGGUCAGGGGUCCCUUUACCUUUUUAUGAUUCCAUCACCAGUGCACUUGUUGCAGAAAACUGUCAUCUGGAGGGACCCUCUGCUUAAAUACUCACCAAUAUUUUUAUCAGCGGCUGGGAUGCCUGAGCUGGAUGCCUGAGCUUGGGUUGGGUGAGCCUUAAAUAUUGCCCAACGUCUUGUUUCCUUCCCAGAGAUACGAACGCGAUCAUAAUCGCCAUUUUUACAGCACCUUAUCUGCCAAAUAGCCUAAAUUGAGUUCUGCCGCACUGCCCCACUGCAUGGAAAAGAAGGAAACCUGAAUCAGGAGGCUUUCACAGCCCGCUUGUUUGGAAUGAGAUGCGAACUCCUCUGCCCCUCUAAACAAACCUCUGCUUGGAGAAUGUUUGCCUGUUAGUUAUAGAAAAGGGGGGGGAGCAGGUGGCAUAUUAAUUUCUGCGAGGAGACCUGGCAGCCACAGGUUUGCUGGUGGUGACAGUGGGCAAAUCUGUGGCAAGCAGAAAACAAGGGUGCAUAAUAACCAAUAAUGUCAUCAUUAGUCUCUUUGGUGUGUGGCUUACCAUGCACAGAUCGGGUCUGUUAUUAUUAUUAUUUAUUAUUUUUAUCUCCCACAUUUAUCUGCCAAGGAGCUCAAGGUGACCUCCAUGGUUCUCCUCCUCCCCAUUUCAUCCCACAACAACCCUGUGAGGUAGGUUAAUAAUAAUAAUAAUAAUAAUAAUAAUAAUAUAUUUAUUUAUACCCCGCCCAUCUGGCUGGGUUUCCCCAGUCACUCUGGGCGGCUUCCAACAAAACACUAAAAUACAAUAACCUAUUAAACAUUAAAAGCUUCCCUAAACAGGGCUGCCUUCAGAUGUCUUCUAAAAGUUUGGUAGUUAUUUUUCUCUUUGACAUCUGGUGGGAGGGCGUUCCACAGGGUGGGUGCCACUACCGAGAAGGCCCUCUGCCUGGUUCCCUGUAACUUGGCUUCUCACGGUGAGGGAACAGCCAAAAGGCCCUCGGAGCUGGACCUCAGUGUCCGGGCAGAAUGUUGGGGGUGGAGAUGCUCCUUCAGGUAUACUAGACCGAGGCCGUUUAGGGCUUUAAAGGUCAGCACCAACACUUUGAAUUUUGCUUGGAAACAUACUGGGAGCCCAUGAAGAUCUUUCAGGACCAGUGUUAUAUGGUCUCGGUGGCCACUCCCAGUCACCAGUCUGGCUGCCACAUUCUGGAUUAGUUGUAGUUUCCGGGUCACCUUCAAAGGUAGCCCCACGUAGAGCGCAUUGCAGUAAUCCAAGCGAGAGAUAACCAGAGCAUGCACCACUCUGGCCAGACAGCCUGUGGGCAGUGAGAGUCUCAUCCUGUGUACCAGAUGGAGCUGGUAGACAGCUGCCCUGGACACAGAAUUGACCUGUGCCUCCAUGGACCAGGGAGGGAGACCAGGGAGGUUGGGCUAAGAGCUGAUACCUGGCCCCAGGUCUCCCAGUGAGCUUCAUGGCUGAUUGGGGAUUCGAACCCUGCUCUCCUGGGCCCUAGUCCGACACUCCAACCAUUGCUCCACACUGCCUCUCAAUUCCCCCAACCCUGCCCCGCUUGACGUCCCCCCCGGCUGCUCCUCCCAUUGCCUCCCCUCCCCCUGAAGGUCCGAAAAGAUGCAGCAGAGCCACGGCAGCAGUCUUGGGACGGAAAGGGAAGGUUAGUUGCAAUAUCCUUGCAUGCGCUGUUACAAAAGAUUGACGAGCGCGAUGCUCGCCUUGUGCCAGCUGUCAGCUUUCCAGCCUCGGUACUUAUCAGAAGGACGUCGCCCAAGGACGAGCAGCUUGCUCAGGCUGGGGACACGGCUUCGCUAGGCAAAUGCGCCGUUUGCCGAUGUCCUGAUGACAUUCUCCCAACCAGGACCGUUUUCCUCCCGUGAUGUCAUCUCUGUUCCCUGUGACCUGUUGCGGCCCCUCAUUUUUGCAAGUAUAAUGAAGCAAGUUAAGUCUUCCUUUCUGCUGCUCUCCUGGAGCUCUGCAAUGGCCUCCUCUGAUAUACUGUAUUUUUUGCUCUAUAAGACUCACUUUUUCCCUCCUAAGAAGUUAGGGGAAAUGUGUGUGCGUCUUAUGGAGCGAAUGCAGGCUGCGCAGCUAUCCCAGAAGCCAGAACAGCAAGAGGGAUCGCUGCUUUCACUGCGCAAAAUACGGUAUAUACCGUAUUUUUCCGUGUACAACACGCCCUCAUGUAUAAGAUGCCCCCUAUUUUGGGGGACUCAAAAUUAAGAAAAUUGGGGGGGAGAUUGCCCAAAGUUGUUGAGCUUGCACGCAUCACGAUAGCGCUUAUCAUCUGUCCCAUCACCCGCACAAUUAACGAAGCAACAGCCAGUAAACACUACCCCUUGCCACAGCCGCCAAUAACAAUCUCUGGGUCGCAGCAGCAGCCAAUCACACAUCAACCCUAUGCACUAUCCGUGUAUAGGACGACCCCAGCUUUUAAAGCUUUUUUUUAAUUUAAAAAACCCCUCAUCUAAUACAUGGAAAAGUGCAGUAUAUUGAUUAUAUUUGUAUCCCACCUUUUCUCUCUUUCGGGAAUAAUAAUAAUAAUAAUAAUAAUAAUUAAUAAUAAUACAGCCCCUUUAGUGUAUUUGUUGUCAUUGUUACACACCUCCACAAUCUCUGAGCGGUGAGAGACCCCAGGAGUCCCAGGCACUUGCCCAGGACUUUGUUGCAUUGUAAUGAAGGUCAGCAGAGACUUUGGUCUUUAAUAUAUAUGUGGUUUUAUUUACAUAUAUAUCCAACCUGUGUAUAAGGUGGUGGCGCCUCACAGCAUUGACACUCAGCAGUUCUUGCUUCUCUAGCAAGAUUUGGAUCCAGCCCAGAGCAAGCUGAUCUCUGCAUCUCCUGCUUCCAGCUUACCUCCAACUCAGCUCCCACACAACUCUGGCAAUAAUAAUAAUAAUAAAUUUUAUUUAUACCUUGCCCUCCCCAGAGACAGGUGCAGGGUGGCUAACAACAGUAAAAUUGCAGUAAAAAACAUAAUGGGGGGGGGGGACCAAUUUAAAAUACAGGUUAAAAUGCAAUUUAAAAUGCAGCCUCACUUUAAAAGUAGCUCAUAGAUCAAAACCAUAAGGGGAGGGAAACAUCAGGGUCAGACUGAGUCCAAACCAAAGGCCAGGCGGAACAGCUCCGUCUUGCAGGCCCUGCAGAAAGAUGUCAAGUCCCGCAGGGCCCUAGUCUCUUGUGACAGUCUCUUGAGAGCCAGUGUGGUGUAGUGGUUAAGAGCGGUAGUCUCGUAAUCUGGGGAACCGGGUUCAAAUCCCUGCUCCUCCUCAUGCAGCUGCUGGGUGACCUUGGGCCAGUCACACUUCUUUGAGGUCUCUCAGCCCCACUCACCUCACAGAGUGUUUGUUGUGGGGGGGGGAGGGAAAGGAGAAUGUUAGCCGCUUUGAGACUCCUUAAAGGGAGUGAAAGGCGGGAUAUCAAAUCCAAACUCUUCUUCUUCUUCUUCUUCUGACAGAGCAUUCCACCACGUCGGGGCCAGUACUGAAAAGGCCCUGACCCUAGUUGCGGCCAAUCUAACCAACCUGCCACCUGGGACCACCAAAAUGUUGUCAUUUGUGGACCUUAAGGUCCUCCGCAGGGCGUACCAGGAGUGCAGUCCCAUAGGUGGUAAUAAUAAUAAUAAUAAUAAUAAUAAUAAUAAUUAUUAUUAUUAUUAUUAUUAUUUUAUUUAUACUCCAUCCAUCUGGCUGGGCCUCCCCAGCCACUCUGGGCGGCUUCCAACAGAAUAUUAAAACCACAAUAAAAUUUUGUUGUUUAGUCGUGUCCGAUUCUUCGUGACCCCAUGGACAAGAGCACGCCAGGCACUCCUGUCUUCCACUGCCUCCCACAGUUUGGUCAGACUCAUGUUUGUAGCUUCGAGAACACUGUCCCACCAUCUCGUCCUCUGUCGUCCCCUUCUCCUUGUGCCCUCCAUCUUUCCCAGCAUCAGGGUCUUUUCCAGGGAGUCUUCUGUUCUCAUGAGGUGGCCAAAGUAUUGGAGCCUCAGCUUCAGGAUCUGUCCUUCCAGUGAGCACUCAGGGAUGAUUUCCUUCAGAAUGGAGAGGUUUGAUCUUCUUGCAGUCCAUGGGACUCUCAAGAGUCUCCUCCAGCACCAUAAUUCAAAAGCAUCGAUUCUUCAGCGAUCAGCCUUCUUUAUGGUCCAGCUCUCACUUCCAUACAUCACUACUGGGAAAACCAUAGCUUUAACUAUAUGGACCUUUGUUAGCAAGGUGAUGUCUCUGCUUUUUAAGAUGCUGUCUAGGUUUGCCAUCGCCUUUCUCCCAAGGAGCAGGCGUCUUUUAAUUUCGUGACUGCUGUCACCAUCUGCAGUGAUCAUGGAGCCCAAGAAAGUAAAAUCUCUCACUGCCUCCAUUUCUUCCCCUUCUAUUUGCCAGGAGGUGAUGGGACCAGUGGCCGUGAUCUUCAUUUUUUCGAUGUUGAGCUUCAGACCAUAUUUUGCGCUCUCCUCUUUCACCCUCAUUAAAAGGUUCUUUAAUUCCUCCUCACUUUCUGCCAUCAAAGUUGUGUCAUCUGCAUAUCUGAGGUUGUUGAUAUUUCUUCCGGCAAUCUUAAUUCCGGACAGGGAUUCAUCCAGCCCAGCCUUUCGCAUGAUGAAUUCUGCAUAUAAGUUAAAUAAGCAGGGAGACAAUAUACAGCCUUGUCGUACUCCUUUCCCAAUUUUGAACCAAUCAGUUGUUCCAUAUCCAGUUCUAAUAAAAUAUCAUACAUUAAAAACUUCCCUAAACAGGGCUGCCUUCAGAUGUCUUUGAAAAGUCAGAUAGUUGUUUAUUUCCUUGACAUCUGACAGGAGGGCGUUCCACAGGGCGGGCGCCACCACAGAGAAGGCCCUCUGCCUGGUUCCCUGUAACCUCACUUCUCGCAGGGAAAGAACCACCAGAAGGCUGUCGUAGCUGGACCUCAGUGUCGGGGCUGAACGAUGGAUCUCAAGGUGGUGUGUGUGGCUCUCUCCCCCUCGUCUUUUAAUCCUCACAACAAGCCUGUGAGGUAGAGGUUAGGCUGGGAGUCAGUGACUGGCCCCCAAUGUCACACCCAGCAAGCCUCAUAGCUGAGUGAGGAUUCGAACACAGGUCUCUCCCAGGUCCGAAACUCCAACCAUUAAGGGCACACCCUGGCUCUGUGGUCUCUUGCUGGGUCUGAAUCUGUUUGGAGGUCAUCUGUUUGCAGGAUCAGGUCUAAAAUAGUUCCCCUGCCAAGUCUUGCUGACAUAUUAAAUUGUGUCGCUUCACACUGCUUUAUUCCCAGUUCCCUAUUCUUUUUAUUCUUUUACACCUGGUUUUAGAGGGUUUGACCCCAAAUGGAAUAAUUUACAGCGAAAUACAGAUACCCUCGUAAUAACAACAGGAAUUGAUAAUAAUAGUAGUAACUGUCGUUUGAAGGCAAGCCUCUCUGAGGCCCAGAUCCAACGUUCCUACUCUCUUGGUGUCAAAUGGGGCUUGGGCAGGAGAACCUUUCUUGCGGUUUGUGCCUUCGCGUAUAAAAAGAAAGCAGAUGCCAGAUCCAUACUGUAAAGAACAGCUAUUUUUAAAAUAAUAUAAUUCAUUUGCUGUUUUUUUUCCCAUAAAAGAGAUUAUGAAGAAGAAUAGCAGCCAAGUAAGAAUGUAAAUCAGAUGCAAGAAGAACAUUUAGAGAAUAUAUAUAUAUAUAUAUAUAUAUAUAUAUAUGCAGGCACAUUUUUAAAAAUCCUGUAUUUUUGUUUUUAUCACAACCCAAAUUGGAGAGUAAUUUACGGAAAGUGCUUGUCUGUGUGUGCUGCUCCCAGCGCUCGGUAAUUUGAAUUUUAACUGCUCAGUGGGAUCAUUAAGACUAUUAUGUUUGUUUCCCAAAGAGUAUAAAGAAUUCUGAGUGACUACUUGAAAAACAAAAGGGUGGGGAGAAGAAAGAUGAAAUUCAUUAAAAUGCCUCUCACACUCUUUGAACUGAAGAACACCUGAGCCCGCUCAGGAUAUAACCCUCUGUGGUCGCUUGGCCCCCUCUGCAGGUAUAGAUCAAAUACAUUGCUUAGGGUUGAAUUUGGGGGAGCUGGGGGCUUUUGUUUUGCCAGUGUCAGAAAGAAAAAAAGGUAAAUAGGUAAAGGACCCCUGGACGGUUAAGUCCAGUCAAAGACGACUCUGGGGUUGCGGCGCUCAUCUCGCUUUCAGGCCAAGGCAGCCGGCGUACAGCUUCCGGGUCAUGUGCCCAGCAGGACUAAACCACUACUGGCACAACGUGACACUGUGACCGAAACCAGAGCGCAUGGAAACACUGUUUACCUUCCCUCCACAGUGGUACCUAUUUACAGUCAUACCUUGGGUUGAAGUAGCUGCAAGUUAAGUAUUUUCGGGUUGUGCUCCGCGGUGACCCGGAAGUAGCUUUCGCAUGCGCAGACGCUCAAAAUGACGUCACACGCAUGCGCGGAAGUGGCAGAACGCGACAUGCGCAGAUGUGCAGUUGUGUCUUACGUUUACUUCAGGAUGCGAACGGGGCUCCGGAACGGAUCCCGUUCGUAUCCAGAUGUACCACUGUAUCUCCUUGCACUGGCAUGCUUUUGAACUGCUAGGUUGGCAGGAGCUGGGACAGAGCAACGGGAGCUCACCCCAUCACGGGGAUUCGAACCGCCUACCUUCCGAUCGGCAAGCCCAAGAGGCUCAGUGGUUUAGACCACAGCGCCACCCGUGUCCCUAAGUAAAAGUAACCACAGCCAAGAGUUGGGGGCCCUAAAAACCCAGCAGAACUGCCUGCCAGAACUGGAUAUGCCAGUCAAAACAAGCAGGGGUUGUGUACCAGUAUGGCAGAAAAAGAGGUCAGAGGAGUCAAAACCAGACGAGGCAGCAGUCAGGAAAAGACAGCCAGUUGCAUGACCAUCUUCUCUGCUAUGUUGCUCAGACUGAAGAGCGAGUUCCGAAACACCGUGCAUUAUAGGGUCUCGUGGUCUGGGAUUGGUUCCCUGCAGAGUCAGCUGACCGGAUGUCCCGGGAGAGUAGUUCUGCAGCACGGAGCCGAAUUUGCCAAGCUGGCCGCGGAAACGGGGUGCUGGCAGUGCAGGGGGGUCACAAGGUGGACUCAUGCACAAGGCCCUCUGUCCAAGAAGGACAGGGAGGUGGGCGCCUGGCUCUGGCAGCCAGGAAAAUGUGGGCCCAUUGAAGAAUUCCAGUGCAGGAGGGACUGAGCCGCUGCAAACAGAAACUGGGAAACACCCGGAGGAAGGCAAAUCAGCUUUGGAAACCUUAAGGCUCCUUCAUCAGCGGGAAGGAGAAAUCUAUUUGGUGUUCCAAGUGGUGGGGGGAAUAUUAUUCUUCCCAGCUCUUCUGCAUCAGAAAGCAAGGAGGAUGUAAACUUUUCAUGUAUGCUACAACUGCAGCAAGGAUGCUACUGGCACAAAGAUGGAAAAGCGAUAAAAUACCAACCAAAGAAGAAUGGCAAGAGAAACUUAUGGAAUAUGUCGAAAUGGCAAAACUAAGUGAAAGACUUUGAAAUAAGGACAAAAAUUCCUUUAGGAAAGACAGGGAACCAUUUUCGGCCUAUUUACAGAAUCAAUGCAAAGAAUUGGACUCAUAAGUAGGUUUUGAAUAAUCAUUUACAAUUAGCAAAAUAUAUACAAUUUGGAAGUGAAAGGAGUGAAAAAGGAAAUAGGCAGGAAAUGAUAUUAUUUUGAAAUAAACCAGAGAAGGAGGUUGAAGGAAGUUGGGGAGAAUGGGGGAAUUUUGGAAUUGUGAAUUAUGUUAUUUGUUAUGAUGUAAUAUUGAAAAAAUGGUAAACUUAAUAAAAUUUAAAUUUUAAAAAAGCAAGGAAGAUGUUUGCCUUUUGCAAAGUGCAAAGUUGGUUGAAUUAAGGAGAACAGCAGGCGCACCUGUGGCGUGGGCUGAGAGGGAAUUAUCGGCCUGGAAGGAUGCCAUAAGAAAGGCAAAGAAGGAAAACCGCACGGUGGACAUUCCAGCAUGGAUGGAGGGCAAGAGAGGCUUUUUGCAGGUGCUCAGGAACAACUUUCCAUCCCAGGCAGUGGGAUCACCUUGACUGCGGAAUCUCAAGGCUAGAAAAGUCAAACCACCCCCCACCCCCAGAGAAUAAUGGAUGGAGGGUAAUGAGAUGCAGCCGCUUGCAAACAGAGCUCUGUGCGUUUUGAGUGUGCUGUUUGUGGCACCUGCCAAAGCAGAGACGCAAAGGUUGCUGUGUCCCUCUUUUCACGCGAUGUUCUAGCACAGCGGCUGAAAGUCCCGGCUCCAAUCCCUGCCCUGUCCUGCAACCAUGGAGAACUGCCGACAGUCAUUAUGGACUGGAAUUGGACCUGGACAAAGGUCUGGGUUGCUCUCUGCCCCACCCUCCAUGGACCAAGUUAGGCAGGUGAAGAUGGCUGCCCACCCUCUGAUCUCCUGAUGUCACGGUGACAUCCAUUUUCACCUACGCAGUGAGAAAUUAAUACUGUGCAAGUGCAAGCUCACCAUGGUGCUACUACGCUUUGGAGAUCCAGCAUUCAGCUGGUCGCCGGGGCUUUGAGUGCUGCACGCAGCUCCCAGAAAGCACCAAACAUCAGUGCUUGCAAAAAAACCAGCUGGGGCUUUGCAGGGGCUCCCAAUCAGCUGAUCAUUGGCACCUCCAAACCCCUUUUUUGGUCUGACCUCAUUUUACCUGCCAGGUGUAGGGCAGGUGGGCAUGGAGCUCCGAUGGAGAGCUCUGUUGCUUUCACGUCUUGCCUGGGGACACUUCCUGGGGGUGUCUGGCCCCUGGGAGAAGUUCUGUUGCUGAGAACUUUCACAGAAUCUUAGAGCUGGAUGGAACCUCAAGGGUCAUCUAGUCCAACCCGCUGCAAGGCAGGAAACACGACUAAGGCACCUGAGACAUAUGGCCAUCCGACUGCCGUUUAAAAACCUGCAAUGAAUGAGAAAGAUGCUGAAAUAUACAUUCAUUAAAAAACCAGAAGCAUUUUUACUUAGCAUUGUAGGGGAGGAUGUUAACAGACAGGACUGUAAGUUGUUUUUAUGUGCAGUAGCGGCAGCAAGAAUACUAUUGGCACAGAAACGGAAGCAAGAAGAAUUACCGACGGAAGAAGAAUGGCAAAUUAAAUUAAUGGACUAUGCAGAAUCAGAUAAAUUAACAGGAAGGAUUUGAAACCUGCGGGACCAGAGAUUCUUAGAAGACUGGAGUAAAUAUUUGAACUAUUUGAAUAGCAAUUGUAAUAAUCAGAUUAUGCUAGUAGGACUGCAGGAAGUUCUGUAAGGAGGAUUAUAUGAAAUAUUGCAAGGAAGACUAUGAAGAGAAUUAUUAGUUAAUGAUAAUUAAAAGUAAUAGAGAAAUUAAGAAAUGCAGAAUAAGUGAUAAAGAACGAAAAAUCUUCAGAGGUUGUUGGCGGAAGUCUAAAAUAUUGUAUAAGAUAAGAAGUUAUGUUAAAUGACUGUUGGAAAUGAUAUGUUAAAAAUUAAUAAAAUUGUGUGUGUGUGUGUAUGGACACAGGUGGUGUUGUGGGUUAAACCACAGAGCCUAGGACUUGCAGAUCAGAAGGUCAGUGGUUCGAAUCCCCACGACGGGGUGAGCUCCCAUUGCCUGGUCCCUGCUCCUGCCAAUUUAGCAGUUUGAAAGCACGUCAAGUGCAAGUAGAUAAAUAGGUACCGCUCUGGCGGGAAGGUAAACAGUGUUUCUGUGCGCUGCUCUGGUUCGCCAGAAGCAGCUUAGUCAUGCUGGCGACAUGACCCGGAAGCUGUACGCCGGCUCCCUCGGCCAGUAAAGCGAGAUGAGCACUGCAACCCCAGAGUCUUCCUGAUGUUUAGUCGGAACCUCCCUUCUUGUAACUUUUCAAGUCCUACCCUCCAGGGAAGAAAACAGACUUGCUCCCUCUUCCAUGGGGUAGCCCUUGAGAUAUUUGAAGAUGGCUCUCAUAUCUCCUCUCAGUCUCCUCUUUUCCAGCCUAAACAUACCCAGCUCCUUCAACCGUUCUUCAUACAGCUUCAUAAGACCCUUAAUCAUCUUCGUCUCCCUCCUCUGCACACCUUCCAGCUUGUCAAUAACUUUCUUAAACUACGGUGCCCAGAACUGGACACAGGACAUCAUGUUUCCUCAACUUUUCCAAUCUGUCAGUAUCUCAGGACCAGCUGAACAGAGAGGAGAGAUGCUGUUGUAGUUUCUAAUGUAUUUAUUUAAAAUAUUUCAUCUUCAAAGGUCUCUCUCCAGGAUUCAGAAAUGCUGGCACAUUCACACCCUCACCCUCCAUGCCCAGCUUGGGCGACACAAGGCAAGAGAGGCACGUUUGGAAACAGCCCCUCCCCCAACGACCCCUGAUGCAGGAAGGACCCCCUGCCUUCUCUGUCCUAUAAUCCCUGAGACACAAGACACAGCAUCUCAGCCUGUUUCUUGUGCCCUCCCCAUUUAGAAGCCAGCCAUUCAUGAGCUGCGAUUCCUGUGGAGUAGAUAAACUCUACGAUUUAUGGUGGGGAAGAACGGAACCAUUGCACUCAUUGCCCGAACUUCAUGGAGCAGAAUGAAGCCAUCCCACCCCCACCCCCUUCACUAGCAGAAAAGGGGGGCCUUGAGGUCCAGAAGUGACUUCGUAGGUGACAUUAGCCAGAAGUGUCCAAAUACGGUCACACAGAAGAAAAACCGUGCUUAACCUUUGACUCUCCUGCCAUUUAUCCGCUCACAAUCACCCUCCACAAACUGAUUUUCUCUCUGCAGGGGAAAAGAGAUUCAGAGAUCCCUCGUCCCUUCUGCCCUUGCAGCUGGGAAAUCAACUGGGAAAGGACCCUUUGGAGUGGGAAAACAGCCUCAGGCGAGAGAGUUAAGCAGCCCACUGCCCCUCUCCCACUUAAAAUCACCCCGGGCUGCUUUGCAGUGUAAAACCCCCAGGAGCUGCUCACCUGCCUACGGUUGUAGCUUCUAGUAUAUCUGCUUUCAUUUGCUGGUGGAAAUUCACAGAGCUGGUGGGCCAGAGGCAGGGUCUCUGGUGCCAGCCAGGCCACAGUUUCCCCUUUGUAAUUUGGAAAAUGAAGCUUUUGCCUUGUCAUCUUUUUUUUUUUUUUGUACUUUAUUAAUUUUUAAUUCCGUUAAGUGUUUGUGGAUGGGGAAAAUGCAUGGGCUGUAAGUGAGAUCUGUUAUUCCAUUUCUGUACUCCGUUGCAAGGGGCAAAAUAUCAAUAACAAUAAAGGAGUUGUUAGCCGUACUGAAUACUGAAAAGGGCUGUGGAUGUGCAGAGUAAUAAAUGUGCUAUUCGUGUGACUGUGGGUGUCUUUUGCUGUAAAGAAUCGCUCUCUACUUUGAAUUACAAGCAUCCUCAUUUGCUGAAACCCUUAUGCUAUAUAGCUAUACAUGCACAUCUUUUUCUAAACUGGCAGCCAGGUUAUCACUUCAUGCUCCUGCCUCUUCUUUCAGACUUUCCCUCUCCAUCACUUCAUUUUUUUUAUUCUUUAUUCUUUUUAAACCCUUUUUAUGGAGCCCUUACAUCUGUUAAUAAAAACCCUUAAUUCAUUCUGAACAUUUUACAGCCACUCCAGAUAAAAGUUUAAUCAGAUGGAAUUAUUGCCCUUCUAAUAUUCCCUUAACCUUUGCGUUCCAGAUCCACACUGUAUCACUUAAAAUUUUAAACCCCUCUUUUACGGACUUAGCUUUUUCCCUCCCCACUUUCCUCUCGGAGACGUUUUUCGCACCUGGAAAGUGCCCUGGCGCAUCCUCCGGGUCGCGGGAUACUAAACCCCCGUUCCAAGCAGGCCUCCUAUGUUCCCCGUUAAUUAUCUUAAUGGUGACAUGCUGCUUUAAGAGACACCUUUAUUAAUCCCACUAAAUCUCCUCUUUUUAUUGUUGCUUAAACACUUUUUCCUAUCCAUUACGUAGAUGUGUUUAAAGCAGCCUGUCUGCUGGAAUGAAUGGCUCCAUAACUCCGCACAAACUGCCCCGGCGCGUUUCGAUUUCGCGCCCUCGGCAGAAAGGGAGAGGGAUGGAGCGGGGAGCGGAUGGGGGGGGGAGACAAUGUUCUGUUCUUUGCAGAGUGUCCCUUUCCUCGCAAGGCGAGGCUGCCAUCAAAUCUGGGUGGCGGAGGCGUUGUGAAGAACAGGCUCCCCGCCGGAGCCACAAAUCCUACCCCGCGGCUGCUAAUGAUAUGUUAAAUUAUGGCAACACAAAAGCAGUUUAAGCUCCUCAUUUACUCCGUGCUUCAGCACCGUACAUUCUGUUAGCUUUGGGCGUUCUCCUCCUCGCUCAUCUCCUUCGUACGUUUCCAACGACUUCAUACGGCGUCGAUCGUACGGAAUCGUAAGUCGGUUGCAGCAAGGCUGGCCCCGCGAUGUUUCCGCAAAGGAUUUAUUGGCACUCCACAAAUAAUUGUUGUUCAACUCGUAGGUUUCCAGGGCUAGUAAGUCAGGAGCUGGGAGAUGGAUCCAGCGGGAGGGUGUAAUAACCAAUGUGGGGUGAGUUUCUCCUUGGGGGUUGAUUAAUCAGUCGAGUGAAUGUAUUUAUAUACUGCUUAAUGCUUAUAAGAGCCUCUAAGCAGCUUACAAAAUAAUAAAUGCAAUAUGUAGCAAACAGGAAAAAAACGAGAAACUACAAUAUUAUGCAGUGCAGCACUGAGCAAAGCUACACUAAAUCUAUGGCAACUCAAAAACAUAGCAGCAUAUUUUGAGACAUUUUGGAUUCAGGGAUCCUCCUCGGGCCGAGGCACAGUCCUAACUUGCAAAAUUCUGCACAUCACACCAAAAGCCUUCUUUACAUUGACACCAUCAUUAAAGGAAACCCUGCAACUCCAUUCAGUCUCAUUCAUCAAAUUCUACUCCCAGACCUCCACCAAUACGCACAAAGACAACAUUCAGCCCAUUGGUGCACACAAGAACUGAAGUUCAAGUACAGAGGCUCACAUCCCAUUCACAGAUUGUUGUUGUUGAGUCGUUUAGUCGUGUACGACUCUUUGUGACCCCCUGGACCAGAGCAUGCCAGGCCCUUCUGUCUUCCACUGCCUCCCGCAGUUUGGUCAAACUCAUGCUGGUAGCUUUGAGAACAGUAUCCAACCAUCUUGUCCUCUGUUGUCCCCUUCUCCUUGUGCCCUCCAUCUUUCCCAACAUCAGGGUCUUUUACAGGGAGUCUUCUCUUCUCAUGAGGUGGCCAAAGUACUGGAGCCUCAGCUUCAGGAUCUGUCCUUCCAGUGAGCACUCAGGGCUGAUUUCCUUCAGAAUGGAUCGGUUUGAUCUUCUUGCAGUCCAUGGGACUCUCAAGAGUCUCCUCCAGCACCAGAAUUCAAAAGCAUCAAUUCUUCGGCAAUCAGCCUUCUUGAUGGUCCAGCUCUCACUUCCAUACAUCACUACUGGGAAAAACAUAAACUUUAUUCAGUAAUCUGUUACUGGACAGAUUCUGAAGAGUCCAUGGGAGCAUUCCUGUUGGCUUACUUGCAGUACAUUUAAAACGGAUCUAGGGAUCUUGGUGGACCACAAGCUGAACAUGAGUCAACAGUGUGAUGCGGCAGCAAAAAACAGCUAAUGCUAUUCUAGGCUGCAUCAACAGAAGACUAGUGUCCAGAUCAAGGGAAGUCAUUGUACCGCUCUAUUCUGCCUUGGUCAGACCACACUUGGAAUACUGUGUCCAAUUCUGGGCACCACAAUUUAAGAAGGAUGUUGACAAACUGGAAGGUGGGCAGAGGAGGGCAGCCAAGAUGAUCAUGGGUCUUGAAACCAAGCCUUAUGAGGAACGGUUGAGGGAGUUGGGUAUGUUUAGCCUGGGAAAGAGGAGGCUGAGAGGAGAUAAAGGUAAAGGGACCCCUAAUUGUUAGGUCCAGUUGUGGCCGACUCUGGGGUUGCAGCGCUCAUCUCGCUUUACUGGCCGAGGGAGCCGGCGUACAUCUUCCAGGUCACGUGGCCAGCAGGACUAAGCCGCUUCUGGCGAACCAGAGCAGCGCACGGAAAUGCCAUUUACCUUCCCGCCAGAGCGGUACCUAUUUAUCUACUUGCACUUUGACGUGCUUUCAAACUGCUAGGUGGGCAGGAGCUGGGACUGAGCAACGGGAGCUCACCCCGUCACAGGGAUUCGAACCGCCGACCUUCUGAUCUGCAGGCCCUAGGCUCAGUGGUUUAGAGGAGAUUGAGAGGAGAUCGCCAUCUUCAAUUAUCUCAAGGGCUGUCCCAUGGAAGAGGAAGCAUGCUUCUUUUCUCCUGCUCUGGAGGGUAGGACUCGAACCAAUGGCUUCAAGUUACAAGAAAGGAGAUUCUGACUCAACAUUCAGUAUAAGAGAGCUUCCUAUGCCUCUCAUAGGCUGUGUUUACUAUUCCCACCCUUGCUUCUUCCCACUUCCUUCAUCUCGUAAAAUAAUAGUAAUCGUGUUUUCAAGAUUAAUAUAAACAGAUUGCAACAGUAUGUGCGCGCUCUCUCUCUCUCCCUCUCUCCAAUGGGCAGAUAAAUAUAUUCCUCCUGCAAAGGAACAAUGAUUAAAUAAUUCACGAGGCGUCGCAAACCCAGGAGUAAUAAGCGCUCCAUUUUCUUGGGUAAAUUCCGAGAUCCCAAAGGAGCUCAUUGGUCCGCCUUUCUUCCUAAUGUUCAAUAAUUUUCUGCAACCUGGCACUGGCCCCUCGAGCCCGCCAAAAUCUUCCGCUGGUCCCCUCCCUCCUCACCCACCUCGAAAUACCUUGCAGGUGUCAGGGGAGAGAGAGGGAAAUUCAUGGACUUAAUUUCCUCCAGUUCUUUUGCUCCCAAGGCUGAGCCUCCCUUGCAACCGUAUCCCUUAUCUCUUUGCAUUCAAACUCGCCUGGGUGUGUAUCUUUCCAACUUUCCCCCCAGCAAAUAAAUCCUCAGUGGUGGUCCAGUUGUGGUGGUCCGGCCUGCUUCACCCUUCCCUCCUUGUGCUUUUUCCUCCUCCAAAUCUCUCCCCCAGCUAUUUUUCACUCCACCAGGGAAAAGAUGACUCUUCAUAUCUCCCACUCUCUAUGGCAAAAUGUAUUCGGGGGAGAUGAUUUUUCAGCAGGGGAGGAAAAUACCUCAAAGCGAGGGAAAGUAAGCAGACAGCUCUCAUCCCACUCUCCUCAGUCUCGUUUGCUGCUUCUGAGGCCACUUUUUCCAUUUCCUAGAAUUGUAGAGAUGGAAGGCGUCCAGGGUCAUCUAGUCCAACCCAAUGCAAUGCAGGAAUCACAGCAAAGAAGGUCGCUGACAGAUGGCUGUCCAACCUCUGCCAAAAAAACCUCCACAGAAGGAGACACCACCAUCUUUCAAGGGAGACCGUUCCACUCUUGAACGGCUCGUACCAUCAGAAAGUUUUAGUCAGAAUCUCCUUUCUUGACCCGGUGAAGGUCCAGUGUGAGUGUCUGGAGGUGGUUGGAGGAUGGAUGGCAGCUAACGGAUUGAGGUUGAACCCUGACAAGAAGAGAAGUACUAUUUUGGGGGGACAGGAGGCGGGCGGGUGUGGAGGACUCCCUGGUCCUGAAUGGGGUAACUGUGCCCCUGAAGGACCAAGUGUGCAGCCUGGGAGUCAUUCUGGACUCACAGCUGUCCAUGGAGGCGCAGGUCAGUUCUGUGUCCAGGGCAGCUGUCUACCAGCUCCAUCUGGUACGCAGGCAGAGACCCUUCCUGCCCACAGACUGUCUCGCCGGAGUGGUGCAUGCUCUAGUUAUCUCUCGCUUGGAGUACUGCAAUGCGCUCUACGUGGGGCUACCUUUGAAGGUGACCCGGAAACUACAACUAAUCCAGAAUGCGGCAUCUAGACUGGUGACUGGGAGUGGAGACGCUCCUUCAGGUAUACUGGGCGGAGGCCGUUUAGGGCUUAAAGGUCAACACCAAAACUUUGAAUUGUGCUCGGAAAUGUACUGGGAGCCAAUGUAGGUCUUUCAAGACCGGUGUUAUGUGAUGCUUCUGAAUCUCAGUUGCCGGAGAGCACGGGAGGGGAUAGUGGUCUUGUGUUCAAAUCCUGAUUUGGUCCUGAGUGGUCUUGUGUUCAAAUCCUGAUUUCUGGCUUCCCCUUGGGGCAUCUGCUCAGCCCCUGUGAGAACAGGGUGCUGGACCAGGUGAACCACUGUCCUUGCGUUUCUGUGACCAGGCUGCCUCCAGCCUCAGCGAGCCCAAAAUGUGCAGAAUGCAAGAUUUGUGAAUGCAACCCUAAGCCUGGAAACACUGGCACUUACUUUCAAGUAAGCACGUGUCCAGUUGUGCUGCAGAGGAACAGUCUCCCUUGAGAGGUGGUGGACUCUCCUCCCUUGAAGGUUUUCAAGCAGAGGUUGGAUGGCCGGCUGUCAAGGAAUGCUUUAGCUGAGAUUCCUGCAUUGCAGAGGGUUGGGCUAGAUGACCCUCAGGGUCCCUUCCAGCUCUAGGUUCCUGGGUCCUACUGCUCAAAUUGUGGGCUUCCCAUGAGGGUGUUUUGUUGGCCACUGCAAGAACAGGACGCUGGUCUAGUUAGGCUGCUGGCCUGAUCCAAGAGGGCUCUUACGUUUGUAAGUGUGAAGGAGAUCGAGUUUCUCCUAAUUCCCUCCGAAAGCAGGGAGGUUCAGUAUUCGGGCACCAGAACCUUCUCGUUUCAUGCUGAAGCAAAGACCCUGAGAGUGAGAGAGAGCCGCUGGUGGGUCUCCGCAAGAGAUCUUCUUUUCCCCGCAUUCAUCCAGCGGUGUCUUCUUUCGCCAUUAUAAUUUAUAACCAGCAAUUGGCGAUUUUAUCACCCAGCUAAUAAUAAUAAAAGAGUCAAGUGUAGACUGUGCUUGCUUCCACCUCUGAGAGUUUUUAUGAUCUUUUAACGAGCUUAAUUAAUCUGGCUGUCAUUGUUGGAGCUGCGUGUUUCUCAGGGAGCGAAGGCCCUCUGCUGUUCCCAGACACAAAACUCCAUCUCAGGCAUGCAGAGAUUCAGGAUUAGAAGCCUCGAAAACCCUGGUCUUCUGUGGCCUUCCCCCAGUAACGAACUGGGCGCUCCUUGGUCUUGUUCGAAAGGGUGUAGUGGUUCUAGGGGUUGCUCGUGCGUAAGCCGGUGCAAACACCUGGCUGGGUUGCCUGAGUGAACCUUUUCUGUCCGGACAGCCACUCACCCGUGGCUGUCUCAAUCGCUGACAGAAUCCGUCAGUGAGCGUUUCUUAAACUUCUUCCAGCAAAGAAGCUCUUUGACGCCUAGUCUCCUCCUACUCUCUCUGCGCGAAAGCCUUCUGCGCAAGGAGGGCGUAGGCAGCGGAGGACCCCUACUCUCCCCGCUGGUCCCUGGCAAGGAGUCAUGGGACCGCCUCGCCACUUCCCCCAUCUGCCCCCCUUCACCACUGGUGCUACGCUGAUUCUCUUCCCCAGAAGAUGGGCUGCCUCUCCCAAUUCCGGGACGCUCUCUGGAAUCCCUCUGCAUCUUGCUCUCUCCCUCCGGCACUGAUGGCAGUUCCCUGACAAAGGGAGUCCAGAGAUAAAAGGAGAACCGUGACGAGGUCAGGGAAAUCUUCCAGGAUAAACCCGCACCUCCUCUGUGUUCCUGUAAGCCUGCAUGAAUGAUCUGGGAGUGAUCAGAUCAUGCAAACCUUUGCUGCAGUCCUGUUUGGAAUACUGGGUACUGUUCUGGAUGCCUCACCUUAGAAAGGAGGAAGAAGAGUUGGAAAGGGUUCAGGAAAAGGCAAACAAAAUGGUCCAUGGGAUGGAGAGACCAUGUUAUGAAGGAAGGUUACAGCAUUUGGGACUUUUUAGACUAGUGGAAAGGUUGUUUGUUGGCAUCCAUCUGUCUCAAGACGCAAUGGAGUGCGCCUCUGGGGGUGAAGUCAAACAACCGCUGCUUGCAGUGCAAGCCUGGGCAGUGUGUCUGGAGGUCCUGGGCUGCCCAGGCAACAGGCCCCUCCCCUCGGUCCCGUUGAUGUAGUUAGACUGUGGAACUCACUCCCACAGGAGGCAGGGGCUGCCAAUAACCUGGAUGGCUUUAAAAGAAUUAGACAAAUUCUUGGAGCCGUUGAUGGCUACUAGCCAGGAUGGCUGUUUUCGACCUCCAUAGUUGGAGCCAGUGUGGUGUAGUGGUUAAGAGCGGUGGACUCGUAAUCUGAUGAACUGGGUUCGCUUCCCCGCUCCUCCACAUGCAGCUGCUGGGUGACCUUGGGCCAGUCACACUUCUCUGAAGUCUCUCAGCCCCACUCAUCUCACAGAGUGUCUGUUGUGGGGGAGGAAGGGAAAGGAGAAUGUUAGCCGCUUUGAGACUCCUUAAGGGUAAAGGUAAAGGGAACCCCUAACCAUUAGGUCCAGUUGUGGCCGACUCUGGGGUUGCAGCGCUCAUCUCGCUUUAUUGGCCGAGGGAACCGGCGUAUAGCUUCUGGGUCAUGUGGCCAGCAUGACUAAGCCGCUUCUGGCGAACCAGAGCAGCGGACGUUUACCUUCCCGCCAGAGCGGUAUUUAUCUCCUUGCACUUUGACGUGCUUUCAAACUGCUAGGUUGGCAGGAGCAGGGACCGAGCAAUGGGAGCUCACCCCGUCGCGGGGAUUCGAACCGCCGACCUUCUGAUCAGCAAGUCCUAGGCUCUGUGGUUUAACCCACAGCGCCACCCCUUAGGGUAAUGAUAAAGCGAGAUAUCAAAUCCAAACUUCUCCUCCUCUUCUUCUUCUGAAAUAAAAUAAGUUUCCCAAACUCCUUAGUUGAAGCAGCAUCAAAAAUAUGAAGGAGAUCCACAGAUCUUGAAAUAAAAAUUUAGCAUCCUGGAUGAUUGGCUGGCUUCUGUAUGUCUCGGGAGACAAUAGAGGAAUGUGCCAUUGGGCGGGGGGGGAGUCAAACAGCACCAAUACAGGAGAGACAUGUUUUGUUGCAGCUGGGGCAGAUGAAGGCAUCCAGUUGUGCUGCUGCAGAUGCACCAUGGUCAACUGGUUGUCCCAGUGGGAAGUCUGCUAGCAGGUCCUGGGUGCAAGUACCCCCCCCCCCGUGGUUUCCAGCAAAUGGUAUUAUUCAGAAGCACACUGAUCCCGGUCAUUGGUGCUGUGUGGGGCUUCUCUCCCUCAGGAAGUGAGGGAACCAAGCCUCACAGCUCAUGAGGUCCUUUGGUUGGUGAACUAUUUCCCCAGGAGACUCCUUAGCGUAGUGAUAAAGCGGGAUAUCAAAUCCAAACUCUUCUUCCACUUCCACUUCCUCUUCCUCUUCCUCUUCCUCUUCUUCUUCUUCUUCUUCUUCAUCAUCAUCAUCAUCAUCAUCAUCCCAGUUGCUAGAAACCACAGGAAGGGAUGUUGUGCUCAGAUCUUCCUUGCUGCUUUCCCACAAGCUGAUUUCCAGAACAGGAUUUCAGACUAGAUACGUCAUUGGCCUGAUCCUGCAGCCCCUUCUUACAUUCUUAACCCCCUUGUUUUUAGCAUCAACGCUGUCAUUUCUUCAUUUUGGUGGCCGCCGACUCCCUUGACCUUACAGUGUUCACAACUGAAAAGGAUUCACGUAGCAAUCAUGAGAGAUUUAUCUGCAGAAUACUUCAAAUCUCUGCGCAUAACUGGUUGGCGGACCUUGGGGUCAGCCCGCACAUGAGCCCAUCAAUGAUGCUUCAAGUUGUCCCCCAAAGCCUCUGGGUGACUGUAACAGAUAUUGAUUGUAGCAGCUGCUACAGUCACCCAUAAAGAGCAUCUUUCCAACCUUCUCAGCGUUGUCACUCACUUAUCCUCCAGCAGCAUAUGACUUCUUGCAGCAAGGAGACAGAGGAUCAAAGAAACUGCAAUAGAAAGAGGAACUUCUAUAACUAAUCUGUACCUCUCUCUUGCUGAAAUAGGAAGCCACUUGCUGCUAUUAGGUAAUUCAGUAAUGGUUCUGAGUGGGUUUCUGGGGAAAGAGUUCCAUUGGUGCCUGUAAAGGUAAAGGGACCCCUGACCAUUAGGUCCUGUCGUGGCCAACUCUGGGGUUGCGGCGCUCAUCUCACUUUACUGGCCAAGGGAGCCGGCGUACAGCUUCCGGGUCAUGUGGCCAGCAUGACUAAGCCGCUUCUGGCGAACCAAAGCAGCGCACGGAAAUGCCGUUUACCUUCCCGCUGGAGUGGUACCUAUUUAUCUACUUGCACUUUGACGUGCUUUCAAACUGCUAGGGUGGCAGGAGCAGGGACCGAGCAACGGGAGCUCACCCCGUCGCGGGGAUUUGAACCACCGACCUUCUGAUCGGCAAGUCCUAGGCUCUGUGGUUUAACCCACAGUGCCACCCACGUCCCUCAUUGGUGCCUGUAGCAGCUGUCAAAACCAGCAGUUGCCACAAGCACCUGCAGGCUUCUAGGUACAUGUAGGUUUCUCAUAGGAUUCUGUGUGGAGUGGCCUUUUAUCAAGGGGAGAUUUUGCAGCUGGGAACAAUUCAUAGAACCAUGGAAUUGUAGGGAUGGAAGGGACACCUGGCAAUGCAGGAAUCUCAGCUAAAGCAUCUGAGACAGAUGGCCCUCCAACCUCUGCUUAAAAACCUCCAAGGAAGGAGAGUCUACCACCUUAUGAGGGAGUCCAUUCCUCUGUCAAACAGCUCUUGCCGUCAGAAAGUCCUUCCUGAUGUUUAGUCGGAAUCUCCUUUCUUAUAACCUGAAGCCAUGGGUUCGAGUGCUACCCUCCAGAGCAGGAGAAAACAAGUUUGUUCCAUUUUCCAUGUGACUGCCCUUGAGCUAUAUGAAUACGUCUCUCCUCUCAGUCUCCUCUUUCCCAGGCUAAACAUACCCAGCUCCUUCAAGCGUUCCUCAUAAGCCUUGGUUUCCAUUCCUUUUCCGUUUCUUAUAUUUCUAUGCCCCUUGUCACUCACAUGAGUCACAAAGCGGCUUACAAUCAAUAAAUAAUAAAAUAAUAGAUCACAAAUACAGUCAUACCUCAUGUUAUGUUUGCUUCAGGUUGCACGUUUUCAGGUUGCGUCCCACGGCGACCCAGAAGUAACGGAACAGGUUACUUCCGGGUUUCUCUGUUCGCGCAAAAUGAUGUCAUGCACAUGCGCAGAAGCUGCGAAUCGCGAACCGCGCAUGCGCAGAGGCAGGUUACGUUCUUUUCAGGUUGCGAACGCACCUCUGGAACGGAUCCCAUUCGCAGCCAGAGGUACCACUGUAUAGGAUAAAUCAUAUAGAAUACUUAACUAAUCAUCAGUAAAAGAAUCGCAUAAGGAAAACAACCCCAACUAAUAAAACGCAAUUAGCAAACAAGCAAACCAAUGAAAUAAGCUAAACUGCACAACCGCUACAAAAGUCAUAUUAUAAGAUUCAGAAAGCAUUGCAGAAUGCAUGCUCCACGAAAAUAAUAAUAAUAAUAAUAAUAAUAAUAAUAAUAAUAAUAAUAAUAAUUUAUUAUUUAUACCCCGCCCAUCUGGCUGGGUUUCCUCAGCCACUCUGGGCAGCUUCCAACAAAACACUAAAAUACAAUAACCUAUUAAACAUUAAAAGCUUCCCUAAACGUUGUUAUUAACAACGUUAACAAACCAACCACCAAAAGACAAACUAAGCAGUGUUGAAUUCACACACACACACACACACACACACACACACACACUCCAAAUCCCCAGGACUUGACACAGACUCAACUCUGUUCUGAAGGCAAGGCAGGUGGAAAAAGCCAUUGCCUGAUGGCCGGCGCAAAGUCUCAUUCCCCUUGAUCAUCUUGGUUGCCCUUCCAGCUUGUCCAUGCCCUUCUUAAAUUGGGCUGCCCAGAACAGAAUGCAGGACUCCAUGUGAGGUCUGAGCAAAGCAGAACAGAGUGGGACUAUUACUUCCCUCAAUCCAGACACACUGCUGCUGCGGAUGCAGCCAUCAUUAUUGUAAUGUUUUGUAGGGAGGGAAGCAGGCUGCGAGGAGGCAGCGUCGCAACCACAUAUUUAUGGCCAUUGGCUAUAAUUUUAUUGAGCAACACAAAGAGGAAAAUGAAGUGAGAACCUGAGAGGGUUUCUGAGUGCCGCUUUUGUGCGAAGACACACCGGCUGCUGAUAGAUCUUCUUUUGCCCCGGAAAGAAAUUGCUCACCCCCCAAAUGGGCCGUGGAACGAGAAAGCGUGAAGCGUGACAGGGACGCUUCUGUCCAAAUGGGUCAAUUUCCUGCCAUUUCCCCCCAUAAUUGCAUGUAGAGCGUAUAGCAUUUAAUAUACCAGGCAGAGGCAGGAGAGAGACAGAGACACAGAGAGAGUUUCCAUUCUCCAUAGUCCUGUUAUUUUAUUUCUUUUACGGCUGGAGUGGAAACAGUUUUCUGAGCUCAGCCCUGCCUUACAGAGCCACUCUUGCCGGCUGGCUAAUCACCACCCAUUUCCCAGCGAGUGCUUUUUAUUUAUUUAUUUUACCUGCAUCGUAAGAUUUACGCCCCGCCUGAUAGUUUAAAAACAAACAAAACGAGAAAAGGAUAAAACGAAACAAAAACCCAGGAAACGUUUACAAUAUAGUUUUGAAACGUACAGAAAGUUAAGAGGCUGAAACAACAGUUGUUGUCCGGAGAUAUCUCAGUUGGCAGAGCGUGAGACUCUCAAGGCCAUGAGUUCAAAUUUGGGCAAAAGAUUCUUGAUUUGCAGGGGGUUGGACUGAAUGACCUUUGAGGUGCCCUUCCAACUCGACAGUUCUAUGAUUCUACAAGGCUUCGAUUGUUGCCUGCAGGCGUUCCUGCUCCUUGUCGAUUUCCCCCUGGAGUCAUUUUCCUUCGAGUGACAUGCUCAGACCUGGGUGGCUUUUCUGGAGAGCUUCUCCGUUCCCCGGUGAUCUUGCCUGCCCUCCAGAGAUCGAAAAAGCCCAGCACCAGAAAGCUGUGCAAGCCUGCAGGUUGACUCUCGCUAGCCACCUCCCUGGCUGCCUGCGCCGCCCCCCCCCUUGCACAAUGCCAAAAUCUGGCUUGGCAGCCUCAUUUUUUCCACCCGUGAAGAGGUGCAGAAAUAGCCAAACUUCCCCAACUGCCCAGAGGCACUUUGGGAACCGGUUUGCGGUGAGGUGUAACUGGAGUUUAAAUCUUAGGACGACCGCACAUGUUUCCAGAAGCCUGGUGAUUAGCCGGAGCAGAGUUUUAUAGACUGUUUCUGGCUUCGGGGCCUUGGUGUACUUUUCAAAACAAAGCCCAACAACAGAAAUAUCUUCGUUUGAGGUCUGGAACGUGUGUCUGGUCACUGCAGGAGCGGACAGGGGACCUAGGGGUUGUCUCUUCGACUCUUGACGGACCCACCCCAUGGAAUAGGCCCAGGGCUGCCGUGUCGUGCAUCUGUUUGCAAAGAAGCAUAGAAAAGGGGCACCAAGGGUUAUCUAGUCCAACCCUCUGCAAUGCAGGAAUCACAGGUAUAGAAUUCCUGGCUGGUGGCCAUCCAGACAUUGCUUAGCAUCCUCUGACAAAGGAGAGCCCGCCACCUCUUGUGGGAGUCUGUUCCGCUGUCGAACGGAUUUUACUGCCAAAAAGUUCUUCCCGAGGUUGAGUCGGAAUCUCCAUUCUUAUAACUUGAAGCCACGGGUUCGAGUCCUACCCUCCAGAGCAGGAGAAAACAAGCAUGCUCCCUCUUCCAUGGGGCAGCCCUUCAGAUAUUUGAAGAUGGCUCUCAUAUCUCCUCUCAGUCUCCCCUUUUCCAGGUUAAACAUACCCAGCUCCUUCAACCGUUCCUCAUCAGGCUUGGUUUCCAGACCCUUGAUCAUUUCUUUAAAAAAAAAAAAAAGUUUUUAUUUAUACUUUUCAAAUUUAUACAUUUCAUUAGUUUUACAAUCAGUUUUACAUUUGAAAAUGUGACUUCCAUCCCCCUCUUUCUGCGGUUCCUUAAAUUUAUUUUUAAAUAUCUUUCUGCAUAUCCAAAUUCAUUUAAUUUCCUCAAUCUACUUUAAAUAUAUACUCUUAUAAAACUGCAGGUUAUUACAAUAAUCCUGCCAAUGUUUUUAUCCGCUUGCAAUUCAUCUGUAAAUAUUCAAUAAACCAUUUCCGUUCUUUUAUAAAAAGUUGAUCAUCUUGAUUUCUUAUUCUUCCGGUAAGUUUCGCCAUUUGUGAAUAUUCCCUAAAUUUUUGUAUCCAUUCUUCCAUUGCUGGGACUUCUUCUUCAUUCCACUUUGGGGCAAGUAACAGUCUUGCUGCUGUAGUAUCAUACAUAAAAUAUUUCAUAGAACCUUAGAACUGAAGAGUUUGGUGGGACCCCAGGGGUCAUCUAGUCCAACCCGCUGCAAUGCAGGAAUCUCAGCUAAAGCAUCCCUGGCAGAUGACCACCCAACCUCUGCUUAAAAACCUCUGAGGAAGGGGAGUCCAUGCCACUGAUGAACGGCUCUUACCAACAGGAAAUUCUUCGUAAUGUUUGGUUGGAAUCUCCUUUCUUGUGACUCGAAUCCAUUGCUUUCGGUCCUGCAUCUUCCACAGUUGGAGACAGAAAUGUUUCCAAAUCCCAGUUGCUGGUGACCGCAGGAAAGGAAGAGUUGCUCUUGUGCCUGGGUUCUGCUUGCGGGAAUCUGGUCAGCCACUGUGAGAACAGGAUGCUGGACUCAAUAACAAUAUAUUAUUAUUAUUAUUAUUAUUAUUAUUACUACUACUACUACUACUACUUAUACCCCGCCCAUCUGGCUGUGUUUCCUCAGCCACUCUGGCAGCUUCCAGCAAAAUAUUAAAAGCUUCCCUAAACAGGACUGCCUUCAGAUGUCUUCUAAAUGUCAUAUAGUUGUUUAUUUCCUUGACAUCCGACAGGAGUGCGUUCCACAGGGAGGGCGCCACCACCGAUAAGUCCCCCUGCCUGGUUCCCUGUAACCUCGCUUCUCGCAGGGAGGGAACCGCCAGAAGGCCCUCAGAGCUGGACUUCAGUGUUCAGGCUGAAUGAUGGGUGUGGAGACGCUCCUUCAGGUCUACUGGUCUAAGGCCAUUUAGGGCUUUAAAGGUCAGCACAAACACUUUAAAUUGUGCUCGGAAAAGUACUGGGAGCCAGUGUAGGUCUUUUAAGACCGGUGUUAUGUGGUCUCGCGACCGCUCCCAGUCAACAGUCUAGCUGCCACAUUCUGGAUUAGUUGUAGUUUCUAGGUCACCUUCAAAGGUAGCCCCAUGUAGAGUGCAUUGCAGUAGUCCAAGUGAGAGAUAACUAGAACAUGCAGCACUCUGGCGAGACAGACAGCGGGCAGGGAGGGUCUCAUCCUGCGUACCAGAUGGAGCUGGUAGACAGCUGCCCUGUACACAGAAUUGACCUGCGCCUCCAUGAAUAGAUGUGAGUCCAAAAUGACUCCCAGGCUGCGCACCUGGCCCUUCAGGGGCACAGUUGCCCCAUUCAGGACCAGGGAGUCCUCCACACCUGCCUGCCCCCUGUCUGAUCCAGCAAGUUCUUCUUGUGCUGUUAAGCUUAAAUCAGGACUGCACAAGUUGAGUGAUUCCUCAAGCCCAGUGCAGCUUUGCCAGCUAUACAUGGCUGCCAUCUGGAACCAGACAAACUCCCUGCCUGGAAUUGGAAAAAUGAUGGCAUGUGGGAGCGCUCAGUUUUCUAGCUCUCGACAGGCCGCAAUGAACAGAUUAGUUCAGCUUGGCCAGUCACCAGUUGCAGAGACCCACCACGUCGGGUGGCCAAGGGUGACUGGCCAUGUGCAUCCCGACAGCCUCCCCUGUCCAGUGGAGAGAGGAGCUCAGCGUCCUGUUUCUGAUUAAAAUUGAACGGCCCCAUUGCAAGAGGCCGGCACUGCAAUGAAAAGUGGCUGUUACCAUCGUGGGUGAGUGCAACACACGUGACGUGUGUCCGUGGAAAAGGAAAACAUUGAAAUUAUAAAACCAAGACACAUUUUAAACAUGUAAAAUCAGCUACGUUGUCCUUGCAGGCAACGAUUUCAAGGUUGCGUGGCAUAGUGGUUAGAGUGCCAGGCUGGGACCUGGGAAACCAGGGUCCACAUUUCUUUCUUUCUUCUUUAAUUAGUUUUCACAUAUUACAUUACAAUGCAGAUGUACCGUAUUUUUCGCUCUAUAGGACGCACCCGACCAUAGGACGCACCUUGUUUUAGAGGGGGAGAACAAGAAAAAAAAUCUCCCCCUCUCUGCGCAGUGCCCCUUCAGCGAAGCGGCAGGAGAAACGGAGCCCCUUCCAUUUCUCCUCCUGCUUAGCUGAAGGAGCGCUGCGCCUUAGCUGAAGGGGCACCUACCCUACAGCGAAAGGAACCCGAAGCCUCUGGAGCGCAGCGGGAAGUCCCACUGCGCUCCGGAGGCUUGAGACAGCUAUCUUUGAAGCCUGUAGAGUGAGAGGGGUUGGUGCGCACCAACCCCUCUCGCUCUACAGGCUUCAGCAGAAGGCAACCUGAAGACUCCAGAGUGCGGCAGGAGUUGCGUGCUCCGAAGGCUUCAGGUGCCUAUCUGGAGAUCAAGAGGGGUCGGUGUGCACCGACCCCUCUCGCUCUCCAGAUAGCGUCGGGUUCCUUUUGCUGAAGCCUGGAGAGCAAGACUCUCCUGGCUUCAGUAAAAGGAACUCGAAGCCUCCGGAGCGCAGCGCACUGACCCCUCUCGCUCUCCAGGCUUCAGCGAAAGCAACGCGUAGCCUCCGGAGCGCGGAGGGAGCGCUCCCUCUGCGCUUCAGAGGCUUUGCGUUGCUAUUGCUGAAGCCAAGGUGUCUGCAUUCACUUCAUAGGAUGCACACACAUUUCCCCUUAAUUUUUGGAGGGGAAAAAGUGCAUCCUAUAGAGCGAAAAAUACAGUACCAAAACAACACCAUUUCUUCCCCAUCCCCCCAUACAUUUACAUGUAUAUUUCCUCAAUCCAUCAUAUUAUUCUUUUCUCCUUCCUCUCACUUCCCUGAAACAUGAAGCUCCAUGGGCAUAACCAUCCCCUUCCUCUCAGCCUAGCCUACCUCACAGGGUCGUUAUGAGGAUCAAAGAGGGAGAACUCUGCACGCCCCCUUGAGCUCUUUGGGGGAGAAGUGGGAAGUAAAUGCAACGAGUAAAUAAAAUGAGCAUUGUUCGUGCAUCCAAGGCCUGAGAGCAUGCCAUGUCUAGGAGCGAGGGGCCUGGGGAGAUUUGCAGGCUUGGCGCGACUGACGGUCUCCGGCUGCCUUUUCUCUCCGCAGAGCACCCUGGAGCAGUGCAGCGUCUGCGCCAAGCCCAUCAUGGAGCGCAUCUUGAGAGCCACCGGCAAGGCUUACCACCCUCACUGUUUCACAUGCGUGAUCUGUCAGCGCAGCCUGGACGGGAUCCCCUUCACCGUGGACGCUGGCGGAAACAUCCACUGCAUCGAGGAUUUCCACAGGUGGCUGCGCUUCUCUUCGCCUCUUUUUGGGGGGCUCGGGGAGGGGAAAAAGCAGAGGUUUGCAUUUGGGUUGGUGUGUAGGCCUUUUGCGAGCUACACAAUGUGGGAGGGACUGCUGUUAUCUUAUUAUUGUGCUGCAAAUUCAUUUUGGCUCGGCCAAAAGCAUCUGUGGCGUUCAUACAGAGCCCCCAGUCACUUCACAGACCAUUGACCUGUACACCACUACUUUAUCCUUCCGCUGCCACCAAUUUUGUGGGGGGGAAAUCCAGGGUUCCCCGGUGACGUAUUGAGUCACAGCCAGGUAAUAAUAAAUAAUAAAUUUUAUUUAUACCCCACCCUCCCCGGCCAGAGCCAGGCUCAGGGCGACCAACACCGGUAAAAAUUACAGUAAAAACAUAAUGGGGCGGGGACCCAAUUUAAAAUACAGGUUAAAAUGCAGUUUAAAAUGCAGCCUCAUUUUAAAAGUAGCCCAUAGAUCACAUAAAGGGAGGGAAGACAUCAGGGUCAGACUAAGUCCAAACCAAAGGCCAGGCAGAACAGCUCUGUCUUGCAGGCCCUGCGGAAAGACGUCAAGUCCCGUAGGGCCCUAGUCUCUUGGGACAGAGCGUUCCACCAGAUCGGGGCCAUGGCUGAAAAAGCCCUGGCUCUGGUUGAGGCCAGCCUAACCUCCCUGUGGCCUGGGAUCUCCAAAGUAUUGUCAUUUGUGGACCUUAAGGUAGAGUUAACAAUGAAUAUUAAAGUUUAUUUCAAAUACAAACAAGUUUUAAAAUAUAUUCAAAACACUGUCACCCUAUUCCCUCUCAGUCUUCUCCCUGUCUCUAACUCACUCCGACUCUAUCUCCCCCCCCCCAAAAAAAAGAACCAACCGAACUAAUUGUCAAAACCUCUGGGCUGAGCCUCAAAAUCAGGUAGGCUCCGCCUCCAGGCUUUCUUAUUGGUCAACCUAUUAACCCUUUCUCUCCCCCAGUACAAACGUAUCUCCCAAAAAUGGGCAAACGCCAAAGCAUCCUUUUCAGUGUACCACCCACCCAUCACUUGCUGAACAUCGAAACCUCGGGCGGCGAUAUUCUUUGCUUGAGCCCUGGAACUUCCAGCGUCAGUGCAGGACGCUGAGAUUCCGCUUGGCUUGAUGAGCAGAGCUUUCACGUCAAACUUUCUCCGUUCCCUAGGAAAUUCGCUCCCCGCUGCUCUGUCUGCAAAGAGCCCAUAAUGCCCGCGCAAGGCCAGGAGGAGACUGUGCGCAUUGUGGCCUUGGACCGUGACUUCCAUGUGGAGUGCUACCGCUGCGAGGUCAGUAUCGUCUGCGCAUGCAAAGGAUGUCCUGGGCAUAGAUCAGUGGUAAAGGACCCCUGGAUGGUUAAGCCCAGUCAUAGGCGACUGCAGGGUUGCUGCGCUCCAUCUUGCUUUCAGGUGAAGGGAGCCGGCGUUUUUCCACAAACAGCUUUCCAGGUCAUGUGGCCAGCAGGACUAAACUGCUUCUGGCGCAAGCCUGAAACCUUAAGUUGCUGUUUUAGGGGUUGUUUUAAAAAGUCUGGAACGAAUUAAUCCGUUUUGCAUUACUUUCUAUGGAAAAGCAUGCCUUGGUUUUGGAAUGCUUUGGUUUUGGAACAGACUUCCGGAACAGAUUAAGUUUGAGAACCAAGAGUCAUUGUGAAAAGUUGCUUGCAAGCCUGAAAUCAUUUAAUGCGUCUUUCUCACCCUCUUGUACAGGACUGCGGAGGCCGCCUGUCCGAAGGGGACAACCAGGGUUGCUACCCCUUGGACGGCCACAUCCUCUGCAAGAUGUGCAACUCUGCCCGGAUCCAGGCCCUGACGGCAAAGUCGAGCACCGACCUCUGA